AUGGGUUACAAUGAAUCCAUCCUAUGGGUCAUAGAGUACAGGGAAUCCAUCCUAUGGGUCAUGGGGUACAGGGAAUCCAUCCUACAGGUAAUGGGGUAUAAUAUGGUACAUAUGGAAUAGGUAUCCAGCUUGUAUCACUAAAACAUAAAUAAAAAAUACAACAUAGCAUAAUACUGUUGUGGUCUUAUUAAUUGCCCAAUAAUAAUGGCGUACAAAUAAUCCUUCCUAUGAGUAAUGGGGCACAGGGAAUACAUCCUAUGGGUAAUAGGGCACAGGGAAUACAUCAUAUGGGGCACAGCAAAUCCAUCCUAUGGGUCAUAGGGUACAGGGAAUCCAUCCUAUGGGUCAUUGGGUACAGGGAAUCCAUCCUAUGGGUCAUUGGGUACAGGGAAUCCAUCCUACGGGUCAUGGGGUACAGGGAAUCCAUCCUACGGGUCAUGGGGUACAGGGAAUCCAUCCUACGGGUCAUGGGGUACAGGAAAUCCAUCCUAUGGGGAACAGCAAAUCCAUCCUAUGGGUAAUGGGACACAGGGAAUCCAUACUAUGGGUAAUGGGGCACAGGGAAUCCAUCCUACAGUUAAUGGGGUAAAGGGAAUCCAUCCUAUGGGUCAUGGGGUAAAGGGAAUCCUUACUAUGGGUCAUGGGGUAAAGGGAAUCCUUACUAUAAGCAAUGGGGUACAGGGAAUCUUUCCAAUGGGUCGUAAGGUACAGGGAAUCCUUCCUAUGGGCAAUGGGGUACAGGGAAUCCAUCCUAUGGGCAAUGGGGUGAAGGGAAUCCUUUCUAUGGGUCAUGGGGUGAAGGGAAUCCUUCCUAUGGGCAGUGGGGUGAAGGGAAUCCUUCCUAUGGGCAAUGGGGUACAGGGAAUCCUUCCUAUGGGCAAUGGGGUGAAGGGAAUUCUUCCUAUGGGUCAUGGGGUACAGGGAAUCCAUCCCAUGGGCAAUGGGGUGAAGGGAAUCCUUUCUAUGGGUCAUGGGGUGAAGGGAAUCCUUCCUAUGGGCAAUGGGAUGAAGGGAAGCCUUCCUAUGGGCAAUGGGGUACAAGGAAUCCAUCCUAUGGGCAAUGGGGUGAAGGGAAUUCUUCCUAUGGGCAAUGGGGCACAGGGAAUCCUUCCUAUGGGUCAUGGGGUACAGGGAAUCCAUCCUAUGGGCAAUGGGGUGAAGGGAAUCCUUCCUAUGGGCAAUGUGGUGAAGAGAAUCCUUCCUAUUGGUCAUGGGGUACAGGGAAUCCAUCCUAUGGGCAAUGGGGUGAAUGGAAUCCUUCCUGUGGGCAAUGGGGUACAGGGAAUCCAUCCCAUGGGCAAUGGGGUGAAGGGAAUCCUUUCUAUGGGUCAUGGGGUGAAGGGAAUCCUUCCUAUGGGCAAUGGGAUGAAGGGAAGCCUUCCUAUGGGCAAUGGGGUACAGGGAAUCCAUCCUAUGGGCAAUGGGGUGAAGGGAAUUCUUCCUAUGGGCAAUGGGGUACAGGGAAUCCUUCCUAUGGGUCAUGGGGUACAGGGAAUCCAUCCUAUGGGCAAUGGGGUGAAUGGAAUCCUUCCUGUGGGCAAUGGGGUACAGGGAAUCCAUCCCAUGGGCAAUGGGGUGAAGGGAAUCCAUCCUAUGGGCAAUGGGGUGAAGGGAAUCCAUCCUAUGUGUCAUGGGGUGAAGGGAAUCCUUCCUAUGGGCAAUGGGGUGAAGGGAAUCCUUCCUAUGGGUCAUGGGGUGAAGGGACUCCUUACUAUAAGCAAUGGGGUACAGGGAAUCCUUCCUAUGGGCAAUGGGGUAAAGGGAAUCCAUCCUAUGGGCAAUGGGGUACAGGGAAUCCAUCCUAUGGGCAAUGGGGUGAAGGGAAUCCAUCCUAUGGGUCAUGGGGUGAAGGGAAUCCUUCCUAUGGGUCAUGGGGUGAAGGGAAUCCAUCCUAUGGGCGAUGGGGUACAGGGAAUCCAUCCUAUGGGCAAUGGGGUGAAGGGAAUCCAUCCUAUGGGCAAUGGGGUGAAGGGAAUCCAUCUUAUGGGUCAUGGGGUGAAGGGAAUCCUUCCUAUGGGAAUCCUUCCUAUGGGUCAUGGGGUGAAGGGAAUCCUUCCUAUGGGUCAUGGGGUGAAGGGAAUCCUUACUAUAAGCAAUGGGGUACAGGGAAUCCUUCCUAUGGGCAAUGGGGUAAAAGGAAUCCAUCCUAUGGGCAAUGGGGUACAGGGAAUCCAUCCUAUGGGCAAUGGGGUACAGGGAAUCCAUCCUAUGGGCAAUGGGGUACAGGGAAUCCAUCCUAUGGGCAAUGGGGUGAAGGGAAUCCAUCCUAUGGGCAAUGGGGUGAAGGGAAUCCAUCCUAUGGGCAAUGGGGUGAAGGGAAUCCAUCCUAUGGGCAAUGGGGUGAAGGGAAUCCUUCCUAUGGGUCAUGGGGUGAAGGGAAUCCUUCCUAUGGGCCAUGGGGUGAAGGGAAUCCUUUCUAUGGGCCAUGGGGUGAAGGGAAUUCAUCCUAUGGGUCCUGGGGUGAAGGGAAUCCAUCCUAUGGGCAAUGGGGUGAAGGGAAUCCUUCCUAUGGGCAAUGGGGUGAAGGGAAUCCUUCCUAUGGGUCAUGGGGUGAAGGGAAUCCAUCCUAUGGGCAAUGGGGUACAGGGAAUCCAUCCUAUGGGCAAUGGGGUGAAGGGAAUCCUUCCUAUGGGCAAUGGGGUGAAGGGAAUCCUUCCUAUGGACAAUGGGGUACAGGGAAUCCAUCCUAUGGGCAAUGGGGUGAAGGGAAUCCUUCCUAUGGGCAAUGGGGUACAGGGAAUCCAUCCUAUGGGCAAUGGGGAACAGGGAAUCCGUUAUAUGUGUAUUUCGUUGUUUCUAUGUUUCGUGUUUUCUUUGGUGCUUUAUGCGUAUUUGGGGUUUUCUUUUCUCUGAAUCUGUUCUAUGGGUAAUGGAGCGCAGAAGGUCUGUGGACAAAUGAUCUUGGAGAAUCAUAGGCUACUCUUAAGUGUAGUGUGCAUAGUGUACAUUUAACCCCUCACCCAGUUGUUAAUCAAAGCACAGGUAAAAUAUGUAGUGUGCCAAAGCCUACCAAUGCACGACAUAAGGGAAGCAAUGUGGAACAUUUGGGAGAUUUGUCCCAAAAUGUAUAUAGUUCACCUGCUCGUCACGUCAUUCAGGGAGGUGGCAGGAAUGCAAGUGCAGCGCUGGUAAAUUAAAAAUAAGUAACACAUUACCCUAGGGUACUAGUAUUGUGAAGUCACAAAGCACAGUAUGCAUCAUGCUGAGAGCUGGAGCCAUGAGAGCACUCGUAUAAAUCUAGCCACACAUGGAUAUUCACUAAAGAAUUAUUUGGCAGGAAUUGAAUGCUAGACACUAUAGUCACCAUAACAACUACAUCUUAUUGCAUUUGUUUAGGUUAGUAUAAUCAGUCCCUUCAGGCUUUUUGCUGUAAACACGGUCUUUUCAGAGAUUAAUGCAGUGUUUACAUUACAGCCUAGUGAUAAUCCACUGGCCACUCCUCAAAUGGCUGCUAGAGGUGCUUCCUGGGGCAGUGCUGCACAGUGUGACAAAUUCACUGUAUUCACCCUCUGCAUGGAGACACUGAACAUUCCUCAUAAAGAUACAUUGAUUUAAUGUAUCUCUAUGAGGAGAUGCUGAUUGACCAGGGCUGUGUUUGGCUUGUGCUGGCUCUGCCUCCUUGACAGUCUCAGCCAAUAAUAUGGAGAAGCAUUAUGAUGGGCUGUGAUCGAUACUUCUGAUGUCAGCCAAGGAGGCAGAUCAAGGGCAGAGCCAGCAGCAGCAGACUGGAGUAAAGGUAAGAUUUUACUAUAUUUAUGGAGGGCAAGUGAGACCCAGACACUAAAGUGUCAGGAAUACAUGUUUGUGUUGACUCUAUAGUGUUCCAUUAAGGUCAAAAUAGCAAGCUGAAAAUAAAAAUAAAAUAGCAAAAACUCAACCAGGACAGAUAUCCUGGCCAUAGGAGCAACUAAUCAAUCAUUGUUUUGUGUUCUUUUUAUGUAACCCCCAAGUAAUUGUAACCACCAUAACAACUCUGAACCCAUUUUCAGUUCUCAAUGUGGUUUAUAACUGUAUCAAUUUACUGAAAGACCGUCCCCAUAGUCAUCGGUCAUACGGACAGAAUUUCCGGAAUAUAUUCAUUUUUCCUGGAUUUGGCAGCAAACUAGAGCAGGGGUCCUCAAACUCCAGCCCCCCAGAUGUUGCUGAACUACAACUCCCAUGAUUCUCUGGCUCUAUGUAAUUCAAAGAAUCAUGGGAGUUGUAGUUCAGCAACAUCUGGAGGGCCACGGUUUGAGGACCCCUGGACUAGAGGCUCCUAAUUGGUGAAGCCUCUUCCCAGUUAGAGGUGAGGUCUGCCAGAAACUGCAGUCAGCUUCUCUAAACUGUGUAGGAUUUUGGAAAGUAUUUUUUUUAAAUGUAUUUUUUUAUGCAUUUUAUAUAUUUUUCCUAUUGUUUGCCCUGGCAGUAAGGUGAAGAAAGGCCUGUGAGGGUAUAUGAGGUAUGUUCUCAGGGAAUCGGCUGCUCACACAGCUUUACAACAGGGAUUACAAAACCUCUGAGGUCUCGUUCCUGGCCUGAAGCCAUUACAUCUUCAGUUCAUGGAAUAACAACUGUUGGGGUAAUUCCACAGCUGUGCUUUAAUUGCUGAGAAACUCUGAUAAAAUAAGAAGAUACAUAUGAAUUCUGUGAUACUUUUCAAAGAGUUGCGCAAAUUUCUGAAAACCCCAAAAGUAUAAAGUGUUUCCUACAUUUUCUAUUAAUAUGUUUUUCUUAAAGAAGCACUUUAGAGUCAGGAACACAAACAUAUAUUUCUGACCCUAUUGUGUUAAAGCCACAAUCUAAAUCUAAUCUCUCUUGCCUCCCUAAAUAUAGUAAAAUCUUACUUGCAUUCAAGCCUGAAGUUGCUGGCUCUGCCCCUGCCCGCCUCAGACCUGCAAGCUGUCUGUUGACAUCAUUAGAAGUGUUGCUCUGAGCCAAUCACAAUGCUUCCCCAUAGGACUGGCUGAGACUGACAAGGAGGCAGAUAAGGGGCAGAGCCAGCACAAUUCAAACACAGCCCUAGACUUACUUACCUGAACCUGUCCAUUGCGAGAGCCACAUCUGUGAAUACAGCAUUGAGGUCUAUGGAGGAUCCUGCAGGCCUGUUGGAUCCUUCAUAGACACUGCUAAUAUCUCUGAAGCGGUCACUGGGGACGGCUGGGAGAUUGACACUUCUAGAAGGCGGUAGCUUCAUCCAGUGUCUAAGGGAAGAAAUAUAAAACUGUCCCCUGAAAACUAAUUUUUUUAUAUAAUAAUUCUUUCAUCGUGUUUUUUAAAUGAAGUAUGUAGAAAAAAAUUCUCUGCCUUCAGCCGUAUGCACGAGCUUGGGUCAUAUGGGUUUUGAAAACGGACAGUCUCUAUGGUCUUUCCUGCGUCUGUGUAGCAGGAAAGACCAUAGAGACUAACUGUAAAAUUCAAACACUGUUUGACCCAAGGUGCAUGUAUAUGGCUGAAGGAUCCAGUCAUAGACUAAAGAUAACAAUGAGUUUUUCUAAUUUUUUCUUACAUUUCCUUGACAGGUAAAUAUUUUCCCUUGUACUCUAUCAAAAUGACUCAGUCCCGAAGGGCCUGAAAAAAAACAAAAAAAAAACACUCCUAGCAGGCUAAAGUCCUACCAGCAUCCUAAAACAGGCUUGAUGGAGAAUUCAGAGGUUAAAAAAGGGAGAAUUCUCUUUGGAAAUUAAAUCCAAUUAAACCCAAUGUACCUACUGAGUAGAUCAUUUAUUCAUAAACACUAAGGAGUCUGCUAGGAGUAAAAGUUUGUUAAUUAUGGUUUUCUCAACCAUGUCUUUGUUUAUAAUAAAAAAAUAAAAUAAAAAAUUAAAUAAAAAUUAAAGGACCACUAUAGUGCCAGGAAAACAUACUCAUUUUCCUGGCACUAUAGUGCCCUGAGGGUGCCCCAACCUGAGGGUGCCCCCACCCUCAGGGUCCCCCUCCCGCCGGGCUGGAUGGAGACAAGGAGUUAAAAAAAUUACCUCUUUUUCCAGCGCCUGGCGGGGAAUUCUCCUCCUCCUCUCCGCCUCUUCUCCUCCUCUUCGGCUGAAUGCGCAUGCGCGGCAGGAGCCGCGCGCGCAGCCAGUCCAUAGGAAAGCAUUCACAAUGCUUUCCUAUGGACACUGGUGUCUUCUCACUGUGAAAAUCACUCUGAGACAGCCACUAGAGGCUGGAUUAACCCUAACAUAAACAUAGCAGUUUCUCUGAAACUGCUAUGUUUAUAGAAAAAAGGGUUAACCCUAGAUGGACCAGGCACCCAGACCAUCUCAUUAAGCUGAAGUGGUCUGGGUGCCUAUAGUGGUCCUUUAAGCAUCACUAAAUUACAUUUGCUGCCAUUUUUUACACAACUGCAUUUGAAUACCAAAUAAAACAAAAUUAAAAUAUGCAAUGGGACUUUACGUAUUUAUAGUAUAGAAUAGCAACAAUAAAAACAGAUUUAAACAAAAGAAUAUAAAGAACUCUGGAUAGCUGUAACAUCUGCUAAUCUACCAUUAUAUCGUUUUACUUGACUAAUUUGUGUAAUAACCCUUUUAAACCUGGUAGAAUGGCAUUCAACUACAAAUUCCCUAUCCUAAUCACUACUUAAAGUCAAAUAUGUGCACACUGUGCUAAAUAGCCAUCAACGAACAGAUCAUGUGCAAUCGGACGUGUUUGUGAAAAACAAAAGACAACAAGUAGACUAUAUAAUAACGUAAUCGAGAAGAUAAAUACUAUUUGGAUAAAUUGCACUUUAGACAUUUCAUUUAAUUGCAGUGGAGCAGAGGACUCUACAGGACCUGCACUUCCACUUACAUGAUUAUUUUGUCACAUAUUACCCCCUCAUAUCUGAUAAUUAGCCAACCUAGCGAACGCUACAGAUGGCCCAGCAUGCUUCACUGCCCAACCGCUCAUUUAAAAUGAAUACAGUGUAACAGUUUGUGUGGGCAAGUGAGUGGGUGGGAACAUUCAAACAUGCCACCGUGGUAAUUACUAACAUUUAACACUUGCUAUAUGGUUCUACAGAAGCAGAGUUGCCUAUCCUUGCAAUAUAAUGAUCUGAUAAUGAAGACUGCAUUGAGAACGAACGGGAAAUAAUAGUUCAUUUCACACGUACAAUUAAGUGUCAUUAAUUAAGUUAACCAGGCAUAAUAUUUUGUCACUUUAGACCAAACAUUGAUCAUGAAUGAAGGAAGGAUUCAGCAAAUGCAAUUGCAUCAGGGUUGUCAGCUUGUAAACAUUCCUACUCAGUCAGAGGGCCCAAAUCUCAAAUAUUCAAAUUAACUUGGGUGAGAAGACACCGUUCUCCUAUAUUUUAUUCUAAUUAUAUAUAUUUUUUGUAAAACAAUCUGUACGUAAUACCGAUCAGGUCAUAGCUGUUCGUGGGAUGUGCUAUAAUAAUGUCUAUUGUAAUCAACAAAAUGUCAUUACUGUAUAUACGCUUCUAUAAGUUGAAUGCAAUUUUUUGACCAACAAUUGUGAAAUAUACUAUGACUUGUGGAUAAGUCGAGGGUACGUGUGCCCUUAUUUGUACCUUGUUUCGUCUGAUAUCCCCCUGCAUUCAAAUGGAAUUGUUCCCCUUCUGUUCGGUUACAGAAUAGACUCUGAGUGGCCCCCCUUGUUAACACCUCGUAAUCACCGACCAUCCCUGGCUGUUAACCACAAACAAGCAUUCUCUGCGUGGCCGCCAUUCGUAUAUACGAACGCACGUAUUCAAACAAACGUGUGUCCUGAAUGCAGGCAGCUGUACAUGGUAGUCAGCUACGUAAGCCCGCAAACCCCGCUGAAACUUGUACCCCUGCCCGUUCGACUUCCCGACCAGCUAGGAGAACGGCAUUCGGGAGUCCACAUUGCCCCACAUUCAAUGUACAAAACUAGCACUGACUCUAAGUUGACUCUGCGUUUAAAAAUUAAGUUUACAACUAAAAUUUCUCAACCUUUACACAAGUAUAUACGGUAUAUAGAAUUUUUAUAAGUAGUGGACAGCAUCGUGUAUCAUUAGGGAUGGAGACAGAGGUCCAGUUGGUCAGCAGGAUGACAAGUCACUGGUUUAUUUCAUAGCUAAAUGAGUCUCUGACUUUGUUUUAUAUGUUUAAGAUAUUUUAGACUUUACAUUUUCUUAUUUUCCAGUUACUAGGAGUUUCUAUAUUUUUACCACCAAAUACUAUUGCAUCAUGCUUCUUUGCUCACUUGCUGGCUUUUGCUCUGUGCAAACCCGUACCUGCGUUUGUGUCUACUUCAUAUCCCCACGCUCGAUCCCAUUUACUCAAGAUCUACGUAGAUACUCCUGUCUACGUCAGAUAUCCUUAUAACUCAAGACCAUUCAGUCCCUUUAUCCUUCAGCCCCCACUUGUUUUUCUUUAGAAAAAUAUCACAUUGGUUUACACAAUGUUCCCCAUAAUAUUUGUUUAUAUUAACAGAAAGAAAUGAAAUAUGUUAUGCACACACACACACUCAUAACAGCAACAAUAGCGUUGGAUAAAUUGAGUUAAUCCUUUAAAAUAUCAAAGUUCAAAAUUGUCAAGAAUACAUAUUACAUAGUUACAUAGCUGAAAAGAGACUUGCGUCCAUCAAGUUCAGCCUUCCUCACAUAUGUUUUUGCUGUCCAAAAGAAAGCAAAAAACCUAGUCUGGUUACAAUAACUCUAAAGAAAGUAUUAUGAUUUAGGACUGUGACAUCAUCACCAGGAAACCUGGAAAUUUAGAAAAAUGGGAAAUAAUUACUGUAGAAGAAAGGGGAAAUCGCUGUGGCAUUAAGAGGAGGGUGACAAACCAAGAAGACUGUUGAGAAUAAUAUUAAAAAAAGUGGAAUGGGAACAAAACGAGCAAUGAAAUGGAGUCCCCCCAUUUUUGGCUAACGUAAAAGGAAGACUGUACCGUUAGGAAUUAAAAUCUAUAUUCCUAAAGUUAUAGUGCCCUUGUCCCUGUUUAGUGCCCCCCCCCCCACCUCUUUGCAAAGUAAAAAACACAGAGGGGGGGGGAGCUUUUAACUUGCUUUGCCCCCACUGCUUAGAUUUCCUCAUUGCUGCUGUUUAAUCCACCUCAAGCAACGUCAUCAUAGAGGAGUCACUUCCACGUGGGGCGAGAGCUGCGUGUACGUCCAAUCAACUGCAUCUCGUAGGAAAGUAUUGAAAUCAAUGCAUUACAAUGAGCUGCACUUGGACUCAACAGAGUUUCACUCAGUUGUUGCAAAGGAAGUGGUCCCGGCACAUUUAUUGUUUUUUUUUUAGAUAAAGAGCUGGCUGACAGGAGAUAAUUACACGCAUGUUGUCCCACAUGUUACAUUUGUGCAAGGACAGUAUAUAAAGGUUAAAGAUAGAGUGAAUGAAGCGGGAAAGACAUUCUCUCUCCACGCUCUGAAAGCUAGCAUGACAUGCUUUGAUUAACAGAGUAAAUAUAGGAGAGCAGAGCCAAGAGCAGGGAUAUCACAGUCUGCUUUGAGAUAAAGAACAAACAAGUGAGUUUGUGGCUGUGAUUGCAGAAUUUCCCAUCUAAAUGUUUAGACUUUAUAUGGACUUUUCAAAAAAACCUGUUUGCAGGUAAAAUGCUGUGACAUUUAUUCUACAUAGCGGCAAUUAUAGCAAAUUGACAAGGAGGUUGCACAUUAGCCAUAUUCUCUCUGUAGUUUGCAAUUGCAACUCGUUAGUCGGAUCCCCUUAAUUCCCAGUUAUACCGGAUGUGGGUUUUACCUGCAGAAUUGUUCUAACAAACCUUCCUAAGCAAGAGGCCUUUAAAAAUAAUCUUACACCUUUUAAAUCACUAUGGGAUAUUAUGGGGAAUUAAAAGAAACAAGAGUGAAUGCAUACAAGAGCAGACAAACGGAUUCUAUUGUUUCCGGCAAAUAAAGAUGACGAAAACCGUGUAAUGCAUUGUUGUACUUAGAGGUCAAGUUUAAUAAUAUAUAUAUCUGGGAACAACUCAGCACAACCUUCACACUAUUUAAAUAACUCACAUCACCCUCAAACAUUCUAAUCUGUUGCCAAAAUGUAUAUCCUAAUAUGUUCUAUUAAAAUGUACCUGUCAUGUAAUGUUCUAUAAAAAGAGCAUUACAUGUUAUCUAUAUAUUGUGCUUGCAAAUGUAUAGAUUGGGAGAAAAACCUAUGUAAAAAUAUAGGCCUUUCUCCCACCUGUUAAUCAAAUCUUCAGAAUAGACUCUCACUCUAGAAUUAUGGUUAGGUGGUUGCUAUGGUAACUCACUAGCCGGCGCUGCUUGCGGAAGCAUGUCACAUCAAAGAAGACUGCUAGUGGAGAGUAGGCCAUACUACAGAAGUAUAACACACCUCUGUGAGGACAUCCAGAAUUCCCCAGAUCUCAAUCUGAUUAAGCAGGAUGUGCUGGAACAACAAAUCCAAUCCACAACAUUAGGCAGGUAGUUUUAAUGAUGUUGUGGAUGAUCAGUGUAGGCUCGCAAAGCAAUAUCUAAGUUAAUAAUCACUGCAACUAAUCAAAAGGUAUACAAUACAACAGCAGGUCCAGAACAGGUGUGUCUGGAAUAUAACUCCCAGACACCCAUCUACCUGUACCCACCAAAAGUGAUUCUUUGUCUAGCAGUGUGCACCAUCAUGGAAGUAGCAUGCUAAGCCUCAUAAGCACUACAGAUGGAUGUAGAAGUUAUGACGCAGUGGGUCUUUGCUCCUACCCCCCAAAUUUUCUUUCAAAUUAUUUUUGAGUAUUUUAUAAAAAAGGGAGAAAUCUCGGUAUCCAAAGCUCAGCUCCUCUACUGCCUUUUUGCGAUAUUGUUUUAGUUUCUGUUCCACAUUAUUUGCCCAAAGCUGUCCAAAUGUGCAUGGCAUUGAUAGGCCAGGAGCAUUUGGCUAAUCCAGUCACAUCUCUCACAUCCCAUGAGUGCAGAUCAAAGUUGGACAAACAAUAUGGAAGUGAAACUUGCUAGUAACAUUUGCCUGUCCUCUAUAGUCUCUAUGGGACUGGAAAGAAAGUACUUUUUGAUCUUUUCUCAAUUCCUCUCUCUCUCUUGCUAGGCAGCCAUUUUUUGCUGUGUUAAAAUUCAAUGCGCCCAAAGACUCUUUGCAUCGUAUUCACCAAUAUAAGCAGUAGUGUCCCUUCAAACCCUCCCCUCUGAGCUUUACCUGCAUCCUAUUGACACAUGUAAAACACUGAUAUAACAGUGUAGAUUUCUAUAGUGAUAGAUCAGGCCCCACAAUCAGCAGGCUUGGAUUAAAGGCACUUAGGACUGCUCACCAAAAACUGAAUUUGCAUUGGCACAUUCAGAGAAAAUCCUUUGGACUACAGCUGUGAAAAAGUAUAAAUUCAAAAGGUAAAGGAGAAGCUGGCAAACGUUUUUGCACCCUAUCAAUCAGAAAGGGCCUAAAGUGAGGUUCUCGGUUUUCCUCACACCAUGUGCAGUCGUUGAUAUAGUACAAGGGCCUGUAGCUGCCUAUCUCCCCAUCGCGUCCUAUGGAAUGUCGGUUAAUAAACUUAAAAGGUAGAAUAAAACCUCACUGAAUCAUUUUGGGUGAAGCCAUUGCACAACGGUCCCCUUAAUGUGUGGCAGGUAAGGGAUUACCACUGUUUUGGUCGACGUUAUGUCUACCUUGAGGACUCCUCACUUCUAAGCAAACAGAAAGACCAUCUUUAGGGAGUAAGCAUGGUCCAAUGUAGUCAGAUGUCCAUUUCACACAAUACGAAAAAUAAAAUUAAUUGCAAUUCAUUCUGACUAAGGGAGAGUUAAUUUUCAAGGUGAAUAUCUUUGCUUUUGUGUCUACUGUAAAAUCCAAUCUGAAAGCUGUAUUAUUGUCAUCAAGAAGGCGGAUACUUGUGUACUUAAAGGGUUCGAAUGUUUUACUUUGUCUUUGUGCAUUUAAAAAUAGAUUGAGCCAAUCCCUUGUAUAGCAGAGAAUCAUGCAGCAAUAUAUAUAUUGUCAGCUCUAGGAAUCCAGUAAAAUGUUAGCAGUAGUUAUUAGAUAUCAGUUAGGUAAUAUUGCCUUUUACAGCUUGAUUCUGUGACAGAUCGAGGUAUAAACUGAUCACAAUGUGUGUGUUCCGUCUUGGAUUUGUAAGUAAAAUUUACUUUUGUAUAUUCUAUGUUGUGCUGCAAGAUUCUGAAGAUCGUGUGUUGUUCUCUCUCUUAGUAACCCCAGAGGCAAUCGGCUUUCUGUCUGCAGUGGGAGUUUUCAUUGUUCUGUUAGUCAUACUCUUUCUCUUCAUCAACAAGAAGUUGUGCUUCAAGAAAGUUGGAGAUCUUCCGUGUUUGGGUCAACAAGGGAAAAGAAAGAGUUCUAAAGAAAAAUCAGGCGUUCUCCAGGGUCUUGGUAAGUCAUUUAAUCCCAAACUUCCCAUGAGAUUGUUUUAAAAUAAAAUGACAUCAUUAUUAUAGGCAAACAAACCGACUUACAUUUCAUAAAAGGUUAUACAGAAUUGCAUUUUGGUUGAUUAAAAUACAUGAAACCCGAUAAUAUUAGUCAGUCUAUAUUGUUGGGUUAGGUUAGACUUUAAGUAUUGCAGGUAACAGACACCAUUCAAAUAGAGUCUCACUUGUUUUCCCACCGAUUUGUGGUGUUAAUAGCAAGUCUAUAGAAAGAAUAACAGGUAUGGCCUUUUUUUUGUUCUCAUGCUGCUGGACCCUAUUCUCCUCUUCUGCUUUUACGUGUGUCUAUAUCCUUUUAUUUAGUCAGCUGUAAUUCUUCAUCCUGUAUUUUUUUAUACCUUCUUCUGUAUCCAGAGUAUUCCCUUCUCCUUCUAUCGUCACCUCUCUCUGUGUUACUGUUACCUUUGUAUCUACAUCUAGUCUAUGUAAAUGGCACCAGGUAAGCCUCCAACAGUCGAAGUACACCUGUUUUAUUCCAGCCUGUCAAGACAUGAACAAUGCCAAGCUGCCAUCUGUAAAAUAUAUCUUGUCUCGAAAAUGUGAAGAUGCAUUGAUCUGAAGAAUUAAUCUUUGCCAUGUCUACUAACAAUGUAAAUUAGCGACUGGGCAGCCAUUAAUGCUCUGUUGCUAGAAAAAGCCCCAUCUGAUUCCAUGUGCACCUGGGGUGGGGGCACGUGGGGAACUAUGUCUCCCCCAUUAUUUCUUGCAACUGGGCAGCAAUAGCUAUGGUUAUGCAAUUACCUCCUGAAUUAGCCAUGAGUAUUCAAUUUAAAAUUGGGGGAUUAGAUUUGCCUUGGGUUCUUGUAGUAUAUGUGGUUUUAUCGUGGGCCACUCCAAGAAAUAUACCCAGUUUUGUUUAGUUUCUAUUAAAGUGAGAAUUCAAUUCAAAAUGAAUUUAAAAUUUAUGUUCAAAAUAGCCAGAAUGGAAAAUUUUUCUAAGUCCACUCUAAGUUCAGCUCGACUACUCUGGCCUUAAAAUUGAAAUUGACUUUGAAUUAUGACUUUAGUUAAUAACCCUGAACGUCACCGUGUCUUCUCGCGUGUGAACAACGUGUAGGGCAGAAACUCUGACUGAUACGGUGUCUCAGCCAAGAACAAUCUUAUUCUGCUUCUGCCACUCUCUGUCCUUCUCAUACGACAACGCCCUAUCCCAUCUCUCUGCCUUUCUAUCUCCCUAAGCUGAAUUCUAGUCUUCAUUUCUACAGGAUGUCUUCCCACCUUUAUAAAGAAUGCAAAAUUGCCAUUCCAUAAAGACUGCAUUGUAAAGAAUUAUGUGUAAUUACAGCGCUACGGAAUCUGAUGGCGCUAUAUAAAUAAUAAAAUAAUAAUAAUAAAGAUGGUAAUGUUUUAGAGACCAAGUAAAAAUGAAUUAUACGCUUUUGGAGCCUUUAAUGAAACGGUCAACUGUAAUAUAACAUAAGAUUUAGAUCUAUAGAUCAACAAGUGACAGGGGAUAGACAAGUGAUUUUACAGGUUUCAUUAUAGGAAAUGUAAUUAGUGUAAUUUAAUAAUAAAAGAAAAUUAAAUCCUGUUUCAUUGUCUUCUUGGCCACCCGUGUGUCUGUCUUUUUUUCUGUGUCUGUCAAUUGUAACGGUGAACUUUUCUUGGUGAGUCUUACUCUUUCUAUCAUUUAUUAGACUGGAUUUUGAUACUAACUAUAAGAGGGUCUAGUUUGUGUUCAGUUUCUUCUUGUGAUGUUAAAAUCUGUUGGUGUGAGCAUAUACUGUUUUUCAAUAUUGUUGUGUGCGCUUCUUCCUGUUUUGGCAUAUCUUUUCACUAAUUGUCUUCUAUACAACAUUACCUUGUAUCUCUGGCAGUAGGAGCUCUGUACAUUGAUUUGUUCGCGAGAGUUAAGAAAUAGGCACUCGGCACCAGUGUGUGCUGCCUAAAAGGAUCCCCAAUGUAGUUCAUAAAAUCCAUUUAAAAAAAAAUAAGGUCUUAACUCUACAUAGAACUAAAUUCAUAUUUAUGCCACCAUCCAUGACCUGGCAACAUUUUCACCGGCUCAGAUCAUUGUCUCACCGAAGACAAGACCUCAACUGGUUCAAUCACUGCUUGGUAUACUCUUGAUGGUGAAACAAAUUGUCAGAAUCACAUGAUCUUGCAGCUUUGUCAUAUGUGUUUUUGCAAUAACGGUUUAGAAAAGUUAUGAGUCAGCUUAAAGAUUGAAAUAAAUAAAAUUUGAAUUUUAGGUCAUGUUUCCAUUUGAGUUAGGAUUUCUGAGGCUAGACCAAAUAAUUUUAAACCUCUAAAGUAUAAUGUAUAAUUUUCACACUUCAAUAUUAAUAUGAGCUAAAGCCCCCCACCCCCUUUUUUUAUUUUUUAGAUUUAUAGUUGCUACAUAUGUUAAAUUUUUAAAAAUAUGCUAUGCACUGUGCAGUCAUCUUGUACCCUAUGGAAUAAUUAUUGAUUGGACUGUAAAGGAAUGCAUUAAUCUCUUUAAAUGACUGCUGGAAAGUCUGUUAUAAAAAUGGGGUUUGGGUUUGGGAACAUUGAAGUUAUGCAGGUAUGUUGGCAUCCCCUUGGGUACAAGUCGAUAGGUUUUAAAAUGAACUGUGAAACAAAGUGUCCAUAAUUUUAAUGAUGCUUAUUCUGUAGCUCGCAGAACUAAAACUGUGGCCUAUUUGCACAACUGAACACCUGAAGUUCUUAAGAUCAUCUCAUUCUGGUCAUGGUGGUAAACAUGGCCUCUCAGAAUUUCUUCCAGCCAGUCUCAUCGUGGAUCUCCCGCAUGUGUGAAGCCGUUCAUAUUACAGGAGAAGGCUCUAUAUCAAACUCAGUCGCAAACCUAAACAAAACUCAGUCAGCGGGCGACAGCGAAGACGACUCUGAAUUUGAGGAAGAACUUUAUGUAGAGCCGGAAGAAGAUUCUGAGGAAGAAGAAACAUGCUUUUCCAAAGAAGAUUCAAGUAUGCUCCAAGAAGAAUCUCCUACAGAUAUUUCUACUACGUCUAAACGAAUGGGCAGAGAGAAUGAAGAAACCAGCUGGCCAGAUACUCUUCCUUCAAUACCAGAAGAGGAAGAAGAAUCUUUAUUCAGUCAGAGAAACGGCACUGAUUAUUCUACACUGAGCAAUAUAGGAACUAUUAGUGGUAAGCAAUACUUUGCAGGUAAGAUCUAUGUUUGUGAAUUAAGGCCUCCAAGACAUUUUUUCUAUUAGCAAAUACCCCUUGUUUCAAUAAUAUUUAUCUGCUGCAGAUUCAAAUCACAUUUUAAAAUGGGCUAACACAACAGUAACAACAUCUUAUUUAGGAAGUCAUGUCUCUCGGGCAAAUAUAUGAUCGGGACUUAUUUCCAGUUUUGUGAUGUCCCCGCAAUGAGUUGGUCAUGACCCUUCAAUGAGUAUAAUUAAUGCAAUGUAGAAAAAAACAAAAAAAACAACCACAACAUAUAUAUUCCCACCACAAUCUAGUUUUGCAUAGGGUGUCACGUCACCAUCUGUCAGAAUCAUUGAGUAGCAGGUGGUUAGUCAACAUUCAGCUCUUCCAAGCAAUUCUGCUGCCUUGACCAUCUUGCAUACCCCCUGGAUUCUAAGAUGUGUCAUUUUGUAUUAUGUAAAUAGUUGGAUGAAAGGAGAAGCACGUGUUCUGAAAGCCAAUAGCACUUCUGUAAUAGGUGCACAGUGACAUAACAUCAGCAAAACAAGUGAAUUUAUGGAGGUUCCUUCUUCAAACCAACUGUGACAGAGGAUGUAUGAAGAUGAAACAGGCUAAAUUAGAAGUUCUACUUUCACGUCACCUUUUGUCAAAAAGAAUUAGAUAUAUAGGUAUAUAAGAUAGAGCAGAUAGAUCAUAUAAAAAAAAAAGUAAAAAAAAAAAAAAGUUACAAAAAAAGUAUUUGACCAGGAAAAAUAGAUUUAGCUUGUGGUCGUUUUUCAAAUACGUCCUGGGAACCAGAUGUUAUUAUAGUUGAUACAAAUUGGCUUUAAAAAAAAAAAGCAAAUUGGCUUUAAAAAAAAAAUACUCUCAGAGUAUUAUGGAUUCUGAAGUGGUAUUAUAUUUUAAAACACAAUUUUAUACAAUAUGAAACACCAGCCUAUUUUUGUGUUUUUAACAAAUCCUGAACUUGGCAAAAAAACCUUGAAAAGAAAAAGGAAAGCAGUACAUCUCCUGCUAUUGUAUGUUCUUUCUUAAAGGAUCCAGUGACAGGCAGUGCAUAUAUUUCAUGUAAAAUAUUUGUAUGUAAAAAUUCUCAUGACCUAUUUUCCAUAGCCUAAGAUAUUUUAACGCAUAUUUUAACGCAUUAAUUAAAAAUAAAUUAAAUAAUGAGAUGGCAUAUUACAAGAAAGAUUAAAUGAGAUACUGAAAAAAUGUUAUGAUAGUGUUCCUUUAAUGUUACCAUUGUUAACUCUGUUGCCUAAAGCAUGGAAACAAAUGGUUUGCAUUCAUUGCUUAGAUACUUCAUUUACACAGGAGAGUAAUCCUGAAAAUACAUUGUAAGGCCAUCUGCCGUGCCCGUAUCUUCUUGCUGUCCCGGAAAAACAUCCGUGCCUUGCUACAAUACAUGCAAUCAUCUCACUCCCUACACAGAUCCAUGUACUGCCUUAUCUACACACACCAAACAGACCUUUGCUCUCAGGUGCCACCACCUGCUGUGGAUACAUAGUUAAAGUAAGGUAAAAGCAGAGUAUGGUCUCAUGUUGACUUUUUAACAGUGCUCUCUAUCAGCAUGACCACUACGGCUCUGUGUAUAGCGCCACUGGGCGCAUUUUUAACGUACGUCACAAAAUUGUGAAUCUAUCUUUUUAAUCCUCGAAAUGCAGCACAUAUGAUUAAAGAGUAAAGGAAGAAUACCCUGUAUAUGCCAAAUGAUGUGCAUUUGAACGCACAUUUAAUCCAUGUCCAGUAUUGUCAAACUUCUCUAUGGUGAUAAAUGACAUAUAGUACUUGGGUCUUACUAUGUAGAUAUUGUAUCUCAGCAGCUUACACUUGCUCCAUUGUCAGUGAGGUUAUUAGUUUACAUUCAAAGCUACGAUAAGCAUGAUUAUAGCAAAUUAAGGCCCUAACCUGGCAGUCAUCCUAUUAUAAAAUGAAUUAUAAAGACACACUAAGAUCCUGAUGGCUAUUGUGUGAUAAUAAAUCAGUCUUUUUCUAAUCCGAGUAUCUCUGAAGAACACAAUGUCUACAUUUCUCCCUGUUUCGCAGUUCAGAAGGUCUAUUUAGAAUAGCAGCUUAUAAAAUAAACUGGCAGAAACAGAAAGAGAUGCUGAAUGCUUUUUGUUUCCAUGGAAACGGUUUUGGAUACUUUUAUUUCGAGCUUUUGCUAAAUUAACAGAGAAACCGGGCAAACCUAAAUUAGUCUUCAGGAAUAAUACGGCAGGCUUAAAGCACUCAGAAACCAUCUUUCUUUUCUCUUUAAUUGUGGUUCCUGAAUACCUUUAAGUACCUUUACUUAGUUCUUAUAAAAAUACAGUUAGCUGUUCUAUGGGGUUAUUAUUUUAUUUUUAUUUUUUGUAGUUCAUUGCAGGAAAUGGCCAGAUAUUCUGCCAACCUGUUCUGCACUGAAGGCACCAAGAAAUUAGCCAAAGUCUAAAAUUAAAACUGAAUGUAAAGAUUUAGGCAAAAAUAGAUGAUCUAGAUAAAGUAUCCAAUGCUGCUUUAGUCACAUUUUUUUGAAUUUAAAGUAGAUCUGUCACUGUCUUGGGAAUUUGCAUAACUUGCAAUGGUGGUAUCGCCGCUGGUGGUCUGGUGGCCGGGAAGGGGGGGUGCAGGCAAAGGUGAGUUUUACUUACCUGAACCUGUCUUUCGCCAGAACUGCUUCUGUAGAGCCAGGAAUCGGCAUCACUGCUAUACUCUCGCACAUCCGCAAGAAUCCAGCAUUGAGAUCCCACAAAGUCCUCCAUAGAAAAAGCUCAAUUACUUACAGUAGUCAAAGGUGAUGGCUGGGGGAAAUGACAUGGCUUGAGGGUGGUAGCUGAAUCCAGAAUCAAAUCAUUGUCAGGUGGAGGAACAAUACUGAGUCAAAGUAGUCCUUACUUUGUCUCAGUAUAUAUUUUCACUGGGCUGGAUUUUCAAUGGAAUUCCAACAGUCAUUAUGAGUAUAUCAUAAAGUUUCUAUGUUUAUGAAAUAUUAAUUUUGCAUGGGGAGUGUAUGUGUGUGUAACAGUCCGCUUUAAUUUGAGAAAAAAAUGUAGUUAAGUGAAUAAUCUUGAUAAUAUUGAAUAUAUCUAUCAUAUGCUCCUAGACAAAUGGAUUAUUUAGAAAAAUAGGUGUUGCAUUCAUUUUUUAUGCAUUUGCUUCUCGUAUUUGCACUUAUUUAUACUCUUAGUUGUACCGAAAUUUUCCUUACUAUGUCUUUUUCAUCAUCUCAUUUCCCUGUUCCUAUGUUGUUCUAAUUUGUUUGACACAUGUUUUGCUUCCAAGAAAAGGUGAGCAGUGCCACCAUCCUUCCUUUUUAAUGUACAGAAAUAGAACAAUCAAAAAUGCCAAUGAAAGCUUGCCGUAUUCUGUAAAUAUAGCCAAUGGUAAAAAUCAACAGGAAAGGAAAAAAAUCCAAAAGAGAAAAUGGCAAAAGACAGAUAAUUUUGGUACACUACAGAAAAUACAGACAUAAACGUCACUAUAUAUUAUAUAUAUAUAUAUAAAGGGUAGAGUAACAGUCUACUUCAUAUUUAAGCCAGUUUUUGUGAGUGUAAAUUUAAUAUGAACGCAAAUGUGACAAUUUCUAUACAUAACCCCUAUUAUGUCUUUGUAUCACUCCUUAUAACUGUAAGAAAGAAGUUUUUACCGUGUGAUUGUAUUCUAUAUUCCUAUAUUGUAUUACAGGGUAUUUAUCCUUGCUGUAGAACACCUGUGACAUGAAAUUCUUUCUGCGAUGCACAUCAUUAAGAUGAUGAUUAUUGCAGAAUUGCUUAGUCAAUAAACAGAGCAUUGUGGUAAACAGAGACCCGAAUUGAACACAUUCUCAAAUUCAUCAGUUUUCUGAAUUUUUGGGAUUUGGUUUUUAGUUCACAAUUUACUCUUGGGGGAUUAAAAGUGUUAAUGGUUUAGUAACCUGGCGAGUAAACUAGGUUGUAGAACUGAACAUCUGAUAUGCUUACAGGCAGCCCUGUUAGCCAUGAUGAACUGGUAAUCUCAUAAUCUCCAAUUCAGCACAUAGAUUGAUCAGGUAGAUCUAAUGGGUAGGUAGAUUUUAUUGAGCAAUAUCGAUCGAUCAAUCCAGCUAUCCUGCUUCUUACAGUUCACCAAAUUAAGUCUGGAGAAUGUGUUUUGAUGUCCAUACUUGGUUUGAGUUCAUCAACUCUCAUGGAUCACGAAGCUCAUGCUGAUAUGGAACAAAAUCUUCCAAUAUACAAAAUGUGUACGCAAUCAUGUUGUACAUUAAUAAAAUAAUAAUCGUCUCUAUAGACAAUGAAACAAAAAAAAACAAAUCUAAAACAUGUGAAUGAGGGUUAUUUACAAACACAUUUCAAACUUUUGGAUUUUUUUAGUCUACAGUGUGAAAUCCCCUGGUCUGAUUUCACAGUUUAGAGAGUAACCUUGUACAUAUAUCUUGGGCUCAUCACUAUACUGGGAUAAUUUUAUCAGUAGCGAGAAUUAAAAGGAACACACUGGGCACCAUAACCACUUAAUCAAAAUUAAAUUGUUAUGGUGCCAGGAGGUCCCUUGAGCUGGCUUACCUUUAGGGGUUAAACCGUUCACAAAUAGUUUAGCACCAAAGUCUCCUCUCAAUCGCCAUUUCUCUGUGUCCCCUCCAACAUCCGCUUUCUAAAAACCUUCAAUACAGAGACCAGACUGCCUCAGCAGGGCAGGGGUGCAGCUGAUUGUCUUACAUCGGUUAGCCGACGCUCUAAACGUCAGUAGCCCCACAUUCUUAAAAAAUAAAAAAAAUAAAAAAACGGCUUGAGAAACAUACAUAUUUUACACAAGAGGUUUUCUGAAGUUGUUGAAGUUAUGGUGUCUGGCAGAUCCCUUUAAAGCCAAUGGCAGUCAAAACCUUUAUACACGUACCUAGUCACAUACACUGCAAUUAAUAUAAAACGCUCUUGUAUUCCUCCGUUACUCAACAUUAUUGGUGUACUCCAUACCAAAAAAAAAAAUGCUGUGGGUUUUUUAAUUCUGAUAAUUACAAUGCUCUUAGAAGAAUCAUAUUGCCUUUUAUUUCUUAAGUCUCGCUUUGUUUUCUGUAGCGAAAGCAUUCUGAUUGCCAGCAGAAUUUAAAAACAUGUAUUAUGCUACCCAACCAUUUCCACGCAAGCCUUUUCUAAAGGGCCCUGCUUUCUUUCAAGGACAUAAAAAACACCACUUCUGUAGCGCACCCUGUCUUUUAAGAGUUAUUGUAUAAGUAGCCUUUAGAUGGAACAGCAGGCUUACAUGCUGUGUAUAAUAUUCGUUGGCGUUGAACAUAAUGUCUAAAACGGGAGAGGGGGAAGUAGAAAAUAUAUCUAAACCCUUCCACUUUUGCCUGAUGUCAUCAUUUGCUUUAUUCAAACAGCUGAAGAGUGUAGAAGAGAGGGAAAAAGCAUUGGUGAUAAGACACUUCUGUGCGCACACACAUGAGAAUACUUUGUAGCGAUCCCAAGCCUCCGGCUGGAUGGGCACCAUGGGUGUUGAAGAUAAUGGUGGCAGAAAUGUAUAGAGUUGGGUAUCUCUCAAUAUAUAGAAAUAAAACAUUACUAUCUGCCGUCAGUGACGGAUUGAUAACUUUUUUCUACUUUUGUUUGGUAUCAGCAAAAUCUAUCAGAAUCCAAACUUAAGAAAACCAUUUUUUUCUUCCUGGUAAAAGCACAAAAGGUAUAAAACUUUGAGUUAAAACUGGGCCUAAAGCAUGAUUUCAUUGUUGAUCUCCGUGUGUCAUGAGGGUAAUAAGGAAAAAAAUAAAAUGGCGCUUUUGAGGGGUUUCCAACUACGUUGCAGCUUAAAGAUGCAUUGAAAUGCAGAUAGGUAAUAGGUGUAAGAUUAGCCCAAUAUGUUCCAUAUGGUACUAUAGUCUAUAGGAUGCUGAAACAGACAUAUUGUAUACAUGGAUUUGUUAUGUUAGCUUAUUUUUAGAGUUAUAUUUUACAGCACUUAUUUAUCCAAUAAUUGACUCAAUUAAUUAUUAGUUAAUGUUGCUUGUAUAUGUCGUCAAGUCAGGGGUGGAGUUUGUAUGGUUGAUUCUACUUAUGCGAUAUCUUGUAGAACUAUUUUGGAACAUUGGUUAUAUGUUAGAAGAGUGUUCUCAAGUCACUUUAUAUCGCUGUUUAUUUGAUUGCCAUGUUAAAGUACAGCUAAAGGACACCCUGGAACACUGAAGCACUUAAUCUUCCUGAAGUGCUUUAUGUGUGAAGAGUGUGUCCUAUUUUUCCUUUUGCAAAAACGGCAGAUUUCAAUACUAAUUUACACUUUUAUAAACAAACCUUGUUGCAUCCUCCUGGCUGACAAUCAGAUAACCGAUCCUGUUUCUUCCUGGUUUGGUUAGCUCAGUUGCACUGAACUCAAGAAGCAGCCUUGCAAAGACUUCACAUUGAGCUGCAUUGGGAAACCUGUGAUUGGACAGCCACAGGAGGUCUGGGUGGGGUUAGAAGGGGAGGACUUGCAAAGGCUGUAGACAAAAGAUUUACCGCUUUUUGAAAGUCCUUUCAUAUUCCCAAUGAGAAAUGGAUAACUAAAUGCAUGCAUGGUUUUAGUUUGGUAUAGUUACUUAACUGAAAUUUGUAUUUACUUUACUGGGGCAGUGGAGUACCCCUUUAAGUCCCCUUCUGGAGAAUUGCUAUCACCAAAGCUUGCUGCUGGCUUAAAGGGACACUGCACAUCACUGAAGCACUUUAGCUUAAACUCAUGAUGCAGUGGAGUGUCCCUUUAAGGCCAGAAGUAGCCAAACUGUAAAAAUUAUCCAAAUUAGCCGUGCUUACAGUCCGUCUACUUUGUCAUUAAAUGUAAAAUUUUCUUUCAAUGCAAUUUGAAUUGCUGGCAAUUCUCACGUUGGUAAAUAACGUGGUCUGUCUGCCUCUCGGCAUCUAUCUACAGAAUUUGCCCUUUUUUUCCCACUUUGUCUAAUAGUGCAAGGUGUUCACACACAAUCAGAAGCAUUCCAAGGGGCAAUGCGAUUUCACAAAUGAAGAAAUACCAUUCAUUCUUAUGGGGCUAUUUGUAUGAGCAAGGACUAGGGUUGAUUUUUUUUCGUUUUAGUAUUGAUAUGACUUGUUUUAGGGUCUCAUUUGCAUGAAUGAACGAUGCACGGCUAUUUUAUGAAGCAUGGUUUGGGGAAAAAGAUAAUGUCAAGAGCCUCUAUUGUAUCUUUUCCUAGUAACCAGUUAUGGGGAGGAUGAAGAACUAACUACAUCUUCAGACAGUGAUGAAGAAGUGUUUAAGCAGUUUCAAAUCUCAGUAUCACGCUCACAGAGUUUUCGCUCAACAGUAUCUGAAAAGGCAACUCAAGCCGGCUCAGAAAAUAAACAAAAAUUCAACCGUUUGCUCUCAAACCACGAGGAGCAGAGUACAGAGGCCUCUGAAUGUGAAGGUAUUUUAUAACCCCCACUGUCACACACCCCCAAAAAAUAAAAAAAUUACAUUUACUGUUUCACCCUCCCACCCCCCAAUAAAGUUAUAAAAAACUAAACAAAAAAAACAAUAACCAUGAAAGCAUGUGUCAUGAAUCUGCAGCAUUUGGAUGUUUUGAAGCAUGAAAUAUAUUUUUUGUUGUGAUUUUUAAAUAUUGUUUACCAUGUUUACUUCAUUUAAAAUUAUUUUUAUUUUUAAAAUUGUUUCACUUUUUCUUUUUAACAGAUACUUAUUUUUUUCUAGCAAUUAAAACUAUUUCCAAUGAACUUGUAAUGUCUUAUUUUAAGAUUCUGGGGUUCAUUUACUAAAGGGUGAGUUCAGUUUAGUUAAAAAAAAUGAAUUGAGACAUAUAGAGAGAUACACAAGAAAAUAUUUUACACUAUGGACACAUGUAAAAUAUGUGUCAUCCACAACAAUAAAUAGUCCCUAUUUUGCAACCAGACUGAUGUUAUGAACCAGAAUAGGGUAACCACAUAUCUUACUAAAAUUAUCUGUCCUUUUAAAGUGUUCUAUACUUUACAAACCCUCAGGCCAAUACAAGGUCCUGUAAUAAACUUUAAUGGCUUCGAGGUGGGCAUAACAUUUAAGAAAAAGAAUUGUGUAGAUAUAUUUCACCCCAGGUGUACUAUACCGCUUCUGACUGAUGUCCAUAAGAGUGGCAGAUACAAGGACAGGGGAUAGAAGCUAUUGAUUGAAAAUAUAAAAGAAAAAAAAAAAUAGAAAAAAAAUAAGCAGGAACACAAUGCACACACACACACACACAGAAACGUCUAAUGGUAUUUAACGGACUGUAGCCCACAAUAAUUUUAUUUAUUUUAAAUUUUAUCUGCGUAGAUUUGGAUGUGCUGAGUUACCAGUCGUAUUACGAAGACGAUCACCUAUCAGUUCACUCAGGACACAUAUCAGAGGCUGGAGAAGUCCAAAAUGGUUCAAGACAGGAAGCAGAGUCUCACUGUAGUGUUAGUCGUCAAGUCACUGAUGGAGGACAGGAGAUGGAAACGGCUUUUAGCAACAAUGGGUUUGAAGGAAAUGAUGCUACAGACAGCUCCUCUGCAUGGAGCCCAGAGGUAGGACCUUUUUAACUGUACAUCUCUCCCCUUCUUGUUGUGAGCAGGCCUACUUAUCCAAAUGAUUUGGUUUAGAUGGCUGAAUUUAACAGACCAAUUGUUGCGGGUUGAGUCCUUUAGGACUGGCAUAGGCUUUGUGCGCAUGCAUAUAUUGUUACUAGAACGCACACAGAGUACUACUGCCGUAACUUUACAUGGGCAUUGAAUUAGUGACUGAAUUUGUUCAUCCACUUUUUGCUGCUAAAGUAAACAUAAUGAGCUGCAUUGGAUACAAAAAUUAAAAAGGUUAUUAUUUCUUGCUUUGUAUUUAGUCAAUUUUUUUUUUUUUCCCCCAAAUAUAGUAUUUGUAUAAUUUUAGGGCAAAUUUUCACUAGCUGCAAGCUUUGUCAUCUUGUAUUUUUCAUCCAUUUAUCUUAAACUAAUUCAAUAUUCGCUCAUUUCAAAAUUCUGUACCCUUUAGUCAGUCUUCCCACUUGGCACCAAUCCUUUCUUCAUGUAUUCUCUUCCCAAGAUACGUAUCCUGACUUCCUUUCUUAUUGAGUCUAUCUCCACCAAUUUAAUUUCCUUUACAAAUAAGUCACCCUCGUAGUCUCCCUCUCUCAUUCUAACACCUUCCACCUAAUCUUCCCAAUUAAUCUUCAUUUAAUUUCCUUCUCAUCAUACACCACCCUAUGACGUCCUUCCAUCUCCCAUCCUUGUUCUAUAACAUCCAUUCACAUCGAAUCUCUUCCUCCUCAUUUAUUUUCCACCAACAUUUAAUUUCCCUUAAUAGUCAGCUCACCCUCAUACACUACUUAUUCCAACACCACAUUCUCUUCCACCACAAUCACCUUAUCCUACCCAUCUUUCAAACACAGAAAAUCAUAUUCCCCCAGUCCUUUAUCUCCACCCAGGUUUUUUUCAUUGAUGGUAAGUAGGCCCUGCCCAGGUCACCCCAUUACUACUCGAUCUUCCUGCAUGCUCUGUAGAUAGAAUGAGAAGAGGCUAAUGAGGGACUUCAUGAUAUAUUCUCCUGCCAUCCAUUAAUAAGAACACCAUGGUCACACAGUCCUGGUGAGUGAUGGAAUAAAUUAGAAGUAACAGGGUGGUAUAGAGCAGCAGUAAGUGUUCCUUGAAUAGGAAAACCACCAAUGGUAUUAGGCAUUAUUACUGCACCGCGUCUACCUUAUCAUACAAGUUACACGCUGGUAGGCCAAGAAAAACACAUAUGUUAUAACAUAAAAUGGCUACGAGUCCCAAACAGGCGCCGGACGAGCUGCCAUUUGGACAGCACUAGAUUACAGUAUUCAAUACUUCACGUGUAUAACCAUCCAUACAUUCACUGGCAAGCAAUUCUCUGACAGCUACAAAGAUAAAAUAGAGUGUGCUACUAAAUCACGAUCAACAUUUUCAUUUAUAACCUUUGGUAAAACAAUGCUGAUGUCCAAUUUCUGUGAUCUCGAUACACUUUAAAAUGACAUAUCUCCCAACUUAGGGAGGUAGGAAAAUGGGACAGAUGUGGGAGGGCUUCGGGUGAUACAACGUGCACUAAUGAGCCAGCUUUAAUAACUUUAAUAAGUUGCAAUUAGAAUAAACAAACUAUGAGCUGCCUUGAAAACAAAAAAACAAAACAAAAACAAAGACGUCCAGGAAUUGGCUUUCACAUAGACAGCCUCAAUGACAAAUCCAGAGAAUUUCCACAGAAAUAGUGUUAUAUAUACAAAACUAGUCUCUUCAAACACUUAAAGGGAAGUUAUAGUUCCAAGAAUACAAAGUAAUAUUGGUAAUAACAACGACUGACAAGGAGCUAAGAUGGAGGCGGCUCUCUCUAUACUGACUGCCAGGUGUAAAGGGCGGAGCUUAUAACAAUGAUUGACAGGGAGCUAAGAUGGAGGCGGCUCUCUCUAUACUGACUGCCAGGUGUAAAGGGCGGAGCUUAUAACAAUGAUUGACAGGGAGCUAAGAUGGAGGUGGCUCUCUCUAUACUGACUGCCAGGUGUAAAGGGCGGAGCUUAUAACAAUGAUUGACAGGGAGCUAAGAUGGAAGUGGCUCUCUCUAUACUGACUGCCAGGUGUAAAGGGCGGAGCUUAUAACAAUGAUUGACAGGGAGCUAAGAUGGAGGCGGCUCUCUCUAUACUGACUGCCAGGUGUAAAGGGCGGAGCUUAUAACAAUGAUUGACAGGGAGCUAAGAUGGAGGUGGCUCUCUCUAUACUGACUGCCAGGUGUAAAGGGCGGAGCUUAUAACAAUGAUUGACAGGGAGCUAAGAUGGAGGUGGCUCUCUCUAUACUGACUGCCAGGUGUAAAGGGCGGAGCUUAUAACAAUGAUUGACAGGGAGCUAAGAUGGAGGCGGCUCUCUCUAUACUGACUGCCAGGUGUAAAGGGCUGAGCUUAUAACAAUGAUUGACAGGGAGCUAAGAUGGAGGUGGCUCUCUCUAUACUGACUGCCAGGUGUAAAGGGCGGAGCUUAUAACAAUGAUUGACAGGGAGCUAAGAUGGAGGCGGCUCUCUCUAUACUGACUGCCAGGUGUAAAGGGCGGAGCUUAUAACAAUGAUUGACAGGGAGCUAAGAUGGAGGUGGCUCUCUCUAUACUGACUGCCAGGUGUAAAGGGCGGAGCUUAUAACAAUGAUUGACAGGGAGCUAAGAUGGAGGUGGCUCUCUAUACUGACUGCCAGGUGUAAAGGGCGGAGCUUAUAACAAUGAUUGACAGGGAGCUAAGAUGGAGGCGGCUCUCUCUAUACUGACUGCCAGGUGUAAAGGGCGGAGCUUAUAACAAUGAUUGACAGGGAGCUAAGAUGGAGGCGGCUCUCUCUAUACUGACUGCCUGGUGUAAAGGGCGGAGCUUAUAACAAUGAUUGACAGGGAGCUAAGAUGGAGGUUGCUCUCUCUAUACUGACUGCCAGGUGUAAAGGGCGGAGCUUAUAACAAUGAUUGACAGAGAGCUAAGAUGGAGGCGGCUCUCUCUAUACUGACUGCCAGGUGUAAAGGGCGGAGCUUAUAACAAUGAUUGACAGGGAGCUAAGAUGGAGGCGGCUCUCUCUAUACUGACUGCCAGGUGUAAAGGGUGGAGCUUAUAACAAUGAUUGACAGGGAGCUAAGAUGGAGGUUGCUCUCUAUACUGACUGCCAGGUGUAAAGGGCGGAGCUUAUAACAAUGAUUGACAGAGAGCUAAGAUGGAGGCGGCUCUCUCUAUACUGACUGCCAGGUGUAAAGGGCUGAGCUUAUAUCAAUGAUUGACACGGAGCUAAGAUGGAGACGGCUCUCUCUAUAUUGACUGCCAGGUGUAAAGGGCGGAGCUUAUAACAAUGAUUGACAGGGAGCUAAGAUGGAGGUGGCUCUCUCUAUUCUGACUGCCAGGUAUAAAGGGCGGAGCUUAUAACAAUGAUUGACAGGGAGCUAAGAUGGAGGUGGCUCUCUCUAUACUGACUGCCAGGUGUAAAAAGGUGUCGAUUUCUACAUUUAAAUUUUUUUUUUUUUACAGUUUACAGAUACAUAUUUAUUAAAUAAGGGAUAAGUACCCAUGGGUAGUGACGGUUCCCCUUUCAAGUUUAAUGACAACUUGAACUGUUCACUAAAAAAAAUCUGUAUUUAUGGAGGGGGAUAUUGUACCGAACAGAUUGUAUCUAGUUGAAAUAAAGUUGUUGUUUUUUCCUAAAUGAAAUUAAGAAGAUUUUUUAAUACCUUUUUUGUACGUUUCAAAUUAUGCAACAAAUAUAUCUUAAAUAAAAAUAAACAUAUCAUGUAAAUAAAUACACUCUUCUUUUUCCAUUGAUACGUCUUUACUCUAUUUGAUAAAUUGAAUUUAUGUUUAAUAACAUAAAAGCUUAAAAAAAAAUUGCAAUCAAAUUCAUGUUUAUUUGUUGAAAAAGUAUCUCCUAAGCUGAAUUUAUCUUUUCUAGCAUGGACCCUGUGCCAGAUCUGUUUACUGAACAACGUGCCCUCGGAUCAUUAUAACAUAUAAUCCUAUUUAGUCUAGUUUUUAUUAAGAUAACUGGUCUCCAUGGAAACUAUUGCAUCACCGAUAUUCUGCCCCGUUUAUAUUCUCACUUUAAAUGAGCGAAACAAUCUCUUAUCAGUGAAUUAUUUUGAAUACAGAAUAAAUUGUUCUGUCCUUUUUCUUAGAAUUUAUUGGGCUUGUAUAAUAAAAAUCCAGAAAAUAAACCGCUUUCCUGUAAUUAAACUAUUUUCAAGUGAAAUUAAAUGACUAUGAAAUGCCAUUUUACCUUAUGAUUAAAUAUAAUCCAUUGUUAGACUGUAAUAUAGCAUACUGUUUAAGAAAAAAAAAAAAACUUCAGAGAAUUUCAUAACUUCUGUACUGAGCCAUUAAUGCUUUAACCCCUUAAGGACUAAACUUCUGGAAUAAAAGGGAAUUAUGACAUGUCAUGUGUCCUUAAGGGGUUAACAUCUUUUUUAUUAUAAGCACCUGCCCUAUGUAUUGCCCCAAAUUUAUUUUAAGCAGGAGGUAAUUAUUAUAAAUAGGGCACAAAGGACAGUUCGUUUUUACAUUCAUACCACCCAUCUAUCAGUUACGAUCACAUCUGCUGGUGAAUAAUUGCCAGAGGUCACAACCUUAAAGGAAUACUCCAAACACCAUAACCACUACAACGUGCCACUAAAGCCAUCGCAUACACACCAGGAGUGAAUGUCUAUUCACCAACGAUUAUUGGAAAUUUUGAGCCAUAUAAAACAGAGAAAACUAACAGACCUUUUCUGUAUAUUUUAGUUUUUACAUUCUUACUAUAAAAAGUUAAACAUAUAUUCCUCCACCAAAAUAAAUAUAAAAAAAAAGAAAACAAAAAGUGUUUUGUUUUUUUCUCCCCAGGAACAAGUUGAUGCAGGCCUUCCACCAGUUAGCACCCAUGAACCAAUUUCAAAAUGUGGAGACCUGGAUGUCAUACUGGAUUAUAAUCCCGCCAAACAAAAACUGUCCGUAACGGUUGUGGAGGCGAAAGGGAUUCCAGAUAAGGACCGUAGUGGUGUAAACACGUGGCAAGUGCAUGCUGUGUUACUACCGAACAAAAAACAGAGGGGAAAGACCACCAUUCAAAAGGGACCAACACCAGUCUUCAAUGAGACCUUUACAUUCCAUAAAGUGGAUAUAGAGGAUCUGGCUACCAAUGCCGUUCGAUUCCGCCUGUAUGCCGUGCUCAAGAUGAACCGCGAAAAAAUGAUGGGGGAGAAACUGUUCUACUUAAGUACUAUCGUGCCAGAGGGAGAGAACAAAAGGACACUUGUUCUAGAGCCUCGGAGCAACCUAAGUGUAAGUACAGGAAAAUGUUAAAGUUAUGUCUGGAACUAUAGAGCUCAAUAUGACCUAUUACAUAGUUACAUAGCUGAAGAGAGAUAGGUGUCCAUCAAGUUCAGCCUCUCACAUCUGUUUUUGCUGCUGAUCCAAACUAGGAAAAAAUUCCUUUUUGACUCCAAAAUGGCAGUGAGAUAUCUCCAUGAAUAUAAAGAUACUAUUCCACUAAUUAAAAAUUAUAUCCCUGAACAUUAUGUUUUUGCAUGUAUUUACCCAAUUGCUGUUUAGACUUUGAUAAAACCACCUCUUCAGGCAGAGAAUUCCACAUCCUUAUUGUUCUUACUGUAAAAACAUUUCCUUUGCCUUCAACUAAAUCUCCUUUCUUCCAGUCUAAAUGUGUGGCUUAGUGUCCUAUGUAUAGUCCUGUUUAUGAAUAGAUAUCCAGACAAUGGUUUGUAUUGGUCCCGAAUAGAUUUGUACAAUGCUAUCCUAUCCCUUCCGAGGCACCGUUUGUCAAUAUUGCAUUCAAUUAUCAUUUUCAUACAAAGUAGCGCCCAAAUCUGGUUUCAUAAAAAUUUAUUUAGUAGUGAGAAUCCUUUAGACAAAAAAUAGUGCAGGAGGGACGAUUUAACCUUCUUUAUUAACUAAUACCAAGUAUUUUUAGAUGGUAUUAAUUGAGUUGUCUGAAAGACAAAAAUGACAGAGAGGAAGGGCUUUUAGUAAUUUUGGUCUUUCAGCUUUUUAGUAGAUAGCUUUUUGGUAUCCUAAUAGCAAUCCCAUAAGGAUUAGGGAGCUAGCUACGUAACAGCUCCCUAAUUUAAUACCCUUUAGAAUCACUGAAUACAUAUAUCACAACCAGUUUAGUGUCUCUUCAAAAGAUAAAGUAACACUUGGGCAUGGGUUGGGUUGCUAGAUCAUUAUCUUUUUGGGGUCAUUUAUGAUUUCUGCAUUCUGUUAAGCAGGCCUUGAAAGUGCUACCCACUUUGGAAUGUGGAAUUCAUAUGGUCGUGAUGUGAAUCCUACUUUACACUUAAUAUCCAUGUUUACAAUUUGUGUAUUUAUAAUAUGUUGUUUGUUAUUUUUUGCCCCAGACCGGAGAUUCUCAGUUUAGUUUUACUGCAAUCUCUCAAAGCGACAGUGCGUCAUCCACGCAAUCCUUGUCUCAUGGCGGUGUGCCAGAGCUACUUGUAGGCUUGUCAUACAACGCAACGACAGGAAGGCUUUCUGUGGAACUCAUUAAAGGCAGCCAUUUUCGGAACCUUGCCAUUAACAGGCCUCCCGGUGAGUAAACCCACCACCAGUGAGUCAACAUUUCACUCAGCUGAGAAUAAAAUCAUUUACAAGUUUUAAACUCACUCAAGGUUAUUUACUAAAGAAUGAAUUCAAAGGGAAUUAUAAAUUUAAGGUCAAAAUAUCCAAAUUUAUUAUUAUUUUUUUAAAGUCAGCUAUGCUUUGAAUUCAGCUACUCUGUUCAUAAAAAAGUUUUUUGUUGAAUAAAGGUUUUGUUACCAGAUGCAAUGAAUCACAUUUAGCAGGUGAAGACAGGUAUCAUCAGCAACAAUUAUUUUUAGGAAAUUAAGUUAUAUGAAUAAUCAGCCAUGCAGGACUGAUCUACAAUUUGCAAGAAAGAUAAACGGGGACUCGAGAGACCUUUUAGAAUGGUCAUAAGAUUACUGCAGACAGAUCGCACAUGUAGCAAGAGGCAGCGUUCUGUUCCCUGUAACCAGUUUAGCUAGGACAGUUUAGCUGUCCCAGGGCGAGUUGCCGGAGUAGGAUGCCCCUCGUGAAUUUCACAUUUAAUUCACACUACAAUAAAUAACCCAACAUUUUGUAUUAUGGGUAGACCUAGAAAGAUAGCAGCCAGAAGAUAUUGUAUGAGAUAGUGAGGAACUUAUUUGGCUACCAACAAUGUGAUGUAAGUGCAAAUACUUUUUUGGACUUUUUCAGGGAACAGUUUAAAACAGUAUCUAAAAACAAGCUUUUAAUAUAUAAAUAGCUUGAUUGUAUUUUAAUAAUUGAUUUCUCUAUUAUAUUAUCCCUCAAUGAUUGUUUAUAAUAUAUGCGAAAGAUGGGGUACAUUGACGUUGUGGCAGGUUUAUGCAAUGUAUUAUCAUAUAAUAUAACUAAACCCCCAUUAUUUUUGCCUAGAUUAGGUGUUUUUUUUUUUUUUUAAAUCUGUCAGCCUUGAAGUUGCUGUUUAGUGGAUAAGUGAGUGCACUUGAUCUUGUGUAUUGUAUAAUUUGGAACCCAGCAGCACCCCAUUUAUGCAUGUUCAGGUGAGUGUCACCCCCUGGUUUCAUAUUAUAUAUAUUAUUAUUUGGGAGUAUAGCCAAGUCCUUGGUUUUGAACCUCUCCCUGUCACAGGUUCCUGCAGAGAGCCCCAGGUGGAUUGUUUUGCCCAUGUAUGUGGGUUAAUCUCAUAAGAGCAUAAGAGCAGACAUUAGGCUGUUAGAGUAUUACCUGCCAAAGAUGGGGUACAUUGACGUUGUGGCAGGCUUAUGCAAUGUAUGAUCAUAUAAUGUAACUAAACCCCCAUUACUUUUGCCUAGAUUAGGUGUUUAAAAAACAAACAAAAAACUAAUAAAAUCUGUCGGCAUUGAAGUUGCUGUUUAGUGUAUAAGUGAGUGCGCUGGAUCUUGUGUAAUAUAUAUAUAUACACACACACACACACACACCUGCUGAUGUAUCAGCAUGAUAUAUAAAUGCUAAUUAAAAUACAUCCAAUGUAUAAAAUCUUAAAGUGCAAUAUCAGUUUAUUACAAGUAAUUCAGUGAAAAUAAAAUAAAACAAAAAAUGGAAAACAAGAAACACACAGUCUCUUAGAAGGUAAAGUUGUGACUUUACAUCCGGCAUAUGCCGUUACUCACUGCCAUGCUUGGUAAAUAAAGUGCAUCCAAUUAGGGGUUCCAGCGGACAUCUCGAGGUAGCUGUGUUAUUAUUGCUGCAGUGGAUCAGCUCCAGCCGUUUUUGGACAGUGUUCUCAGAGCUCUGCCCUCUACGUAUGACGUCAACACGUUUCGCCAAGCGCUGUCAGCUUCCUCAGGACGUAGUGCUGUUCCCUCCAUCUUGGAAGAGGGUAAUUAAAAGGCAUAAUAAUCCUUGUUCAACGGUUUUGAUUUGUGUGCUUGUGAAUGCCUCAUUUGCAUUUAGCAGUCUCUAUGUACUGAGUCUUUGAGCACACAUAUCACAUACAAAGUCUUGAAUUGUACAAAAGUUUAUAUGCAGAUUAAUUUAAAAAGAAAGAAAAGGCAAUACCAAAAAAUACAUAUGAUAAAACCACAUAGAAUACAAACACUUACAUUUAAUUAAAAUAUCAUAAUUCCAGACAAAAAUAUUAAUGCAUAUUCUAAAAAAGGGGAAAAAAGAAUUUUUUUAUAAAUUAAUAAAUUACACUUAAUGCCUUUAAAAUUCAUACAGUGCACCUAUAUCAGAAGGCAAGCAGUUAAGGUGGAUAUGUCAACUGACUUUUUUAAUUCGAAUUAAAAUUAAAACUACAUUAUUAAAAUUUUAAAUUAAAAAAUUACAAAAUGUACUUUAAAAAAUGAAGAAUUUCCAGUGCAUUAUACGGGUCGGAGACAUCGGAUUCGGACGACUCACCUUCAACAAAGGGCGACAUCAAAAAGCUCCUCCUAGACCUCCGGGAGAUGUGGAAAUCGGACUUGACCGGUGUGAGGACAGAAGUAACCGACAUGAAGGGGCGCCUGGAGGCAGUGGAAACCCGAGAGGGCCAAAGAGACGCCUUACUGACCAACACCAGAAGGCAAAAGGACGCACUGACACUCCAACUUCAAAGACUCACCCGCUCGGUUACGGCGAUGGAGACACGCCACCGCAGAAGAAAUGUCCGCAUACGCAGAGCCCCUGAAGACAUAAGCCCGGAGGCCUUAUUGGCCUAUGCAAACAAAGUGGCGGUGACAGUGGGGGUUGAAAAGGAGGGAGAAGCAUGGCCGAUAACGGCAGCGUUCAGAAUCCGGAAAAGCCCCGACCGCCCCAGCGGACGCGCCGAGAGACAUCAUAGCCGUUACCCAAGAUGUCACAGUCAAAGCGGCACUGAUGGCCUCCUCCAGGAAGACCACGUGAAAGUUUUCGCUGACAUCCCAUUAACAACCUUUCUGGAGCGGAGAAAAUUUAUGCCGAUCACCCGCCAACUGAGAGACAAGGGCAUCAGAUACCGGUGGGGAGCAGCAGGCACGCUAGUGGUCCCACAAAAGGACUCAAUCCUCACGCUGUCUGCGGAUGAAAACCCGGCAAGAUUCAUCCAGGCCCCCCAGCUGCAGCUGCAAGUACCCACGGACGGGGCCGGCGAGACCGAGAACUGGGAGACUGAGAACCGAGAGAGCAACACUAGGGCGGAGAGGAAGCGGAGCAAACAGCACUCACACAAUCCCCUACAGACCUAAACAGGCAAAAGACUUACCCACGAUACUUACCAGGUGACACUCACUACAAACCAACUACACGGACGAUACUGGCACGCAAAGAAACAGCCCAAGACUACAAACUAUGCCCAGACUGACUUGCUUAAACUAUAUUAUGAAAGUCACAUAAGUGACCUCAAAGUGCUUUUUUUUUUUUUCCUUCGUUCUUUCUUUUUUAAAUACUCACAUACCUACUGGCCUAAAGCUCUACACUUUUACACCCUAAAGAUGGGGAAGGGCGAAGGGAGCAGAGGGAAGGGACCAAUACCACAAAAGUGCAGGAUGUACGACCUCAGAGACACAACGACUGCCCCACCAGCCCAUGUAUGUUCCAGAAACUGUUAAUCUCGCGAUUGUUAUAUUUUAGGUUCUUUUCAACCAUAUGACCAGAUGCCACCCCCUUUAUAUGUCGGGACUCCUGAUUUUAAUAAUGACUGUCACUAUAAUGUCGACAGAUUUAACCACAGCAAUGCGGGGCCCAGCACCACGACCUUCAAGAUUGUGCUCCUCUGACAUUAAUUUUACACUGUUAAUUUAACACCAUGCUGAUAUUCUAUUCUGUUGACCUAGCAUUAGAAUACUCUCACUCCACUAGAGGUACAAACAGGGGAUAUUCAGGAGUGUACCCACAUUUUAUAGGUGUCGUCACCGCUGUUUGCUAAAGUGUGUGUUCUAACUCUAUAGGAGCGGUUUACAAACCACACCUGUAGCCAUAUUAAGACCCCACAUAAGAUCAGCACACCCAACUAAAGGGCUACACCAUAGGCUCUAUAAGGGCCACCAAUGGGAUGAACCUCAGCCCUUUAUUUUCUUAUUCCUGUUUUUACUCUGUCCUGCAAACUCACGCGAGCGGCCAGUAUGCUUUAACCCCUACAGGGGGGCCAGCGCGAAGUGCCAUACGGACCACUUUGGGUCCACCUAAGCUGCCAGCAUGUUAACCCACAUAAUCAAGAUCCCCAAGGGGCUGAUAGCCUGACACUCCAAGCUGCACAUCCUAAGUCCGGCUUACCAGCUGGCAAGACAUGUUAACUGAGUAAACCCUAAGCCCUCAUGAGUCGAAAGUAAGUUAUACGGUAAUAUACACCUUAAGCCUACUAGAGCUGCUAAACUGAGAAGCCAACCCGAUAUUCUCGAACCCACAUGGAAUGCCAAAGAGCUACAGUGCACUGCACACUUUGAGUACACAUAAGCGGCGGGUGUGAUAUACAGAUUUGUGUUAUUACAGUUCCCUCCCUGUACUUGUCACUGAAUGCACCAGAGAAGCUAGCAUGUUCAACCAAGAAAAACCCAUGUUUAUUAUAAUUAAUGUGAUGUUUAAUUUGUAUUCCUUUUAUCUACCCGUAAUGAAUAUUUGUAAGCUACCAUCAAAACUAGUGGGACUGUUCCCACCACAAAAAUAAAGAAUUAUAAAAAAAUGAAAUAUUUCAAAAUAAUUAUUUAGGCCAUUUGGGGCCAUAGUAUUCAAAUACUCAGCUCUGAGAACACUGUCCGAAAACGGCUGGAGCUGAUCCACUGCAGCAAUAAUAGCACAGCUACCUCGAGACGCCCGCCGGAACCCCUAAUUGGAUGCACUUUAUUUACCAAGCAUGGCAGUGAGUAACGGCAUAUGCCGUAUGUAAAGUCACAACUUUAUCUUGUUAGAGACUGUGUGUUUCUUCUUUUCCAUUUUUUGUUUUAUUUUAAUUUCUCUGAAUUACUUGUAAUAAACUGAUAUUGCACUUUAAGAUUUUAUACAUUGGAUGUAUUUUAAUUAGCAUUUAUAUAUCAUGCUGAUCCAUCAUUAGGGUCACUUAUAUUUAACUAUAAAACAUUUAUACUGCGAAGUUAUGUGUUAAUAUAGUCUAUACUACUAUUUGUAUUUUUGUUUUUUUUCCUAUACAUGUGACGGGAGUCCUAUGCUGGUGACACCUGCUGACCUAUAAGUAUAAGCAACACCUAGCUAUUCCAGCUUUAUUUGGGUCUCCUCACCUAAACACUGUUUUUUUAACACUGUGAAAGUUUUUCUGUCAUUUUACUGCCCCACUUAUUUACACUUUGGUUUAAUUUGUAUUGUGUGUUGGGGUACAGCACAUAAGUGUAUUAGCAGCAGUUGUGAAAGUAUUAAACGUGGAACAUACCAAAUUUAAAUCUAGCAGCGAUCGUAGCAUAUAAAUUUGAGCGCUCCAAAAUUAAACAACACCCUAGAUUACGUGUAAUUAAAAUAAAAAGGAAAAAUAAAACUAAUAAAAGGAAUAAUAAGCAUGUCAACUGAGUGGCAAGGCUGAAUGCUGAUGAACUGUGUGGGUCUAUGGUGGGCUUGCAAUACAUAAUUAGGUUUGAGAACAGGUAGCGUCUGCGACAUCUAGCACCUAUGGGUAUAUUGUGAGAAACAUAUGAUAGGUACGAUAAACGCUAAGAUAACCAUUUGUUAAUUAGAAUGUUGGUUGUCCAACAGGUAUAGCUGCUUGUGUUAACCUACACGUGUUUGUGGUGAAUCUACAUGCUGUAAAUUGGUAUUAGGCUGGUGUCACCGAGUAUAACUAGACCCUAGGUGGGUAUAGUUAAAGGCCUAAAGUAGUGACAUACAAGAAGAGAAAUAAAUGCUAGCUUGUUAAACUGGGUCCUAGUAACCUGGAAAAGGCAUUAAAAUAUCUUGGCUACUCACUGACUUGUCAAGGAUUAAAAGUGAAAAAUGUUGGGCCAAAAUAGGACUUCUAAAUCACCUGAACAAUGAUUCAAAAUGUGUCUGUGCAAGGCAGACUGAAUGUGUGGAGUGACAAAAUAGGAUGCCCUCAAAGCACUAAGAGAAGCUGCUAAAUGGUUUCAGUGAGAAAAAAGAUCCCAUCACUCCAUCUAUGUAACAUUCAAGUAACCAAAUUAUAUUUGUUUAAAAAAUAAUAUAAGGAUUCAUCACUCACGGUUAGCAAUCUUUUAGUAAGAUAUCUUCAAGUGCCACCAUCAUCAAAAGGCGGAAACUCUUUUUUCACAACUUUGGUGCAAUUUCACAAAUCAAGCUCGAUUGGUUGGAAAUAAAAAAUGUGCAAAAUAACACUUAAAAUAGACAGGAAGGGAUAACAGACUAGGUGCAACCAUGAAGCUGUGAGGUGGCAACAGUGUUUGUUAUAGUCUAAGGAAUGUUUUAUUUCACACACCAGAUUCUGUCUAUUCUAUAGGUCUUCCAUCACCACCUACAGAUAACAAAAGGCAAGGUUAACGCUUUGAGAUAUAUUUACUACGCUCUAAAUUGUAGUGAAUUGGAAACUGAAUGGCAAAAGAAAAUAAAAAUUAGCUAAAACUUACCAAUCUUGGCUUAAAUUUUACGUUUCAAGUUUCAAUUAACAUAUAUUUAGAGUAGUGAAUAACUUAAAAAUUUUUUUUUUUUUUUUUUUAGAAUCUAUCUAGGAGACAAUGAAAACAUAUACAAAGAAGCGCACACACACACACACACACACAAAAAUUAAAAUUGCACAUGUGUAUAGAGGCUGAAAUACCCAUAUUUGAAAAAUAGGUGAAUUUAGGCUCAAGUUUUGCAGGUGACUGUAUAGUCCAUUAUUUAUUAUUAUUACUAUUAUGUUAUUAUUUAUAUAGCGCCAACAAAUUCCAUAGCGCUUUACAGUGGGUGGACGAACAGACAUGUAGUUGUAACCAGGCAAGUUGGACACACAGGAACAGAGGGUUUGAGGGCCCUGCUCAAUGAGCUUACAUGCUCAUCAGAAUUCAGAGGCCCUGGCUGUUUGCAUUGGCGUCAGUUCAAUAAAUAAGUAAAUGUGGAGACGCAAAAAGGAAAUUUCCUAUUUUGCCCAAAAUAGCGGAGCUGGAAAUACUUACCCUUAGCGGGUUUUGAUUUUUUGACCAUUCGCCUUUCCACUGGCGUUUGCAGGGCAGCCUUGCUCCUUGGAAGAGGAGUCAGACUCCUCCGAGACGUCUCUCUGUUGGGAGCGUUUAGCUUUGGUUGCAUCUUGAGUGGCUGGAACGCCUUGGCUGAGGCCUUCUCCACAGAAGUGGCAACUGCUGCGUUGAUUACUGCCUGGAGUUCUGAGGGCCACUGAGUCUUCCAUUAUUAACACCCAGUAUACUUGGGUUUCACCCAAUAGGUUCAUGAGUAAAUAGGCAAAUUGGUAGCAGGGACUGCUAGGGGUUAUAGUGGUAAAGUAUGCGACCCAUAGUAAUGUAUGUAGAGGCAAUGCUGGGGCUCACGCAGGUAAAAGGGGCCUGCAAACACAGCUCCACUCGGCAGCAGUAUAUGGGGCUCACCCCGAGCAGGGUUACAAGGUAUGAACCUGACCGGCUGAACCACCCCUAGGUUAAUACUAACCUUGACAGGUCCCUGUAGCAGGCAAGGUGAACAGAAGCCAAUUUCUGCAUCGAUUCCAAUAUAUAUAUAUAUCUGUAAUAAUUGAGCUCACCAGGUAAUAAUAAAACUUCCAGGAUUAUAUCCCGUAGAGAGGUAUGGUGGCACAGACAGGCCAAUCAUAGGAGCUGUAACAGUGACAGACAGAUCAAAUAGCCAAUAUUUUUCAGCAAGGUAAGGUACCAGGGUAUGUAAUAAUAUGAUGGGGGGGCUCACCCCCAGUAAUAUUAGUAUAGAAGUAUUCCAGUAAAAGCAGCAGCUAGAAUAAGCUAGGGUAUAUUUAUAAAUCAGGGGCUCACCCCUGUUUAAUUCCUAGCAACAAGCAAGGGUUAAAUGGCCGCCGCAGAUCUUGCGGGCGCAAUCCAAAGCCGAAAAAUGUUGAACGGUCGCUUGAAAUUAAGCGAACAGAGACAGAACAGUAAUACAGGAAAAAACUGAACGGAGGAAAAAACAAACACAGAAAACUCGCGAAUGAGUACGUUCGUGAAAUGAACAACCCAAAGGGAAACUACCGAACGCUGAGGAUGUGAGUUCGGGAGUAUAACGGUACAUAAGGUCGACCAGGUAGGAGUAUAAACCACCGAACGCGCAUUGGUUUGAAUAUGCAUUCGGUAGAUUGAAGGACGAAAAACAGGUGUACGUGAACGCACGAUCCUGUGCGAACGCCUGAUAGAAAAUACAAACUGCCGAAUGUGCAUAGAUGUACGCUUUCAGUAGAUUGAAAAGGAGAGAAUAGGCGAACACGAGCGCAUGUUAAAAGUGUUCAAACGCAGAAGUCUGACAGGCAGAAAAUCUCCACAGCGCCCCACACUCUCCCUGAGGUGAGCGUGUGGUGGUGGGAGAGUGCCUGUGGAGUGGCGAGCAUAGCCACAAGGAGAACAUUUUAUGAGAGGGCCUUACUCUCUAAUAAUGAAAUCAGUAUCAUGUACUGACAAACUGUAAGAUAAACAAAAAAUUGACAGGAAGCAGUAUAAAUAUCAGUAUUGGGCUGAGUUUAGGAGAGGGACUCACCCUCUAAUAAUGAAAUCAGUAUUAUGUACUGACAAACUGUAAGAUAAACAAAAAACUGACAGGGAAUAAAAGGAUAAAGUAUGCACACAGACAUCCCAAGUCUAUAUCCUACAAAACAAAAAAACAGCGUCCACACUAUCAGAUAAAACCCUACAUAAAUCCAUAUAAAGUAAGAAAAGAAAGAAAUCAAUCAAGUAAAUAAGUAAAAUUAAGUAAAUAUAACAAGACAAGCCAACAAAGUGUAGGCACACAAUAUUCUGACCUGAUUUGUGAUGGAGCAGCAAAGAAAGAGGGAGUGGCUCAGUGGAAGGCGUAUCUUAUACUCUCUGCCUGUCUCGGUUUGGUUGCUUUUUUUUCUCUAUAUGUCUUUGCUGCUAUGGAGAAGUAAAGAAAGAUUAUGCCAAAUAUGAAGCCUACUGUCAAAAAAUAAAAAUUCUAUGCAGGGCUGGAUCGAGAGCCAAACUCAGGAGGGGAACUGAUGGAUUAUUGUGCUGAUGCAAAUUUUUUUUUUUUAAGCAUGUAAUUUAAAUCACUAGAGCGGUUCUUGGACAAGCAUUUUCUCAUAUGACUUUUCAUAUUCUGAAAUAUUUGUUCUUUUCACUUUCCCAUACAGAUACCUAUGGAAAACUUACUCUCUUAAGCGCUGUAGGUCAUGAGUUAUCACGAUGUAAAACAUCUAUUCGCCGUGGCCAACCCAACCCGGUCUACAAAGAAACCUUCAUCUUCCAAGUUGCCCUGUUUCAGCUCACUGAAGUCACCCUGAUGAUUUCAAUUUACAACCGUCGCACCAUGAAAAGAAAGGAGAUGAUUGGGUGGAUUUCAAUGGGUCAAAACAGUAGCGGUGAGGAAGAACAGAGUCAUUGGUUGGAGAUGAAAGAAUCUAAAGGACAACAAGUGUGCAGAUGGCACACACUGCUUGAAUCUUAGGUGUAAAAGAACUGCCCUUUUUUUUGGAAAGUAGAAAUAUGGGUGUAUCACACCAGAAGACUCCAUGGCUUCACUCCAUGGCUGGAUUUUGUAUUAGCAAUCUAUGGGCGGGUCUAAGUUGUGUUAAGGUUUUGAGGCUCCUAGCAGACAGUGACAGCAUCCAACUCUAAAACAUUUCAACCUAGGGUGUCCCAGGUUGGACUCUCCCCAUUUAAACAAUGUAACAUUCCUUUUCUUUUGCAUUGCACUAAUUCUUAGCACUGAUAUAGUUAAACACAAUAUUACAUUGAUUCAUCUGCUUCAACAUAGAAUUUUGCUUAAGAAUGCACUAUAUUUGUAAUGGGAAAAAACAGGCACCAGAAAUGUUGUUCUUAGUAGUUACAAAAAAGUAAAUCUAUGUUUGUUACCGUAUGUAUAAAACAUUAUCAUGCAUUAGGUAAAAGGGGUAUUUUCUUUACCGUGCUGGAGUACUGUUGGUAGCCAAAAUAGAUCUUAAAUCAGAAACAUUUUGUGCCACAUACAUCUAUUCUACAAAGUGACUCAUGUUACAUCAAGGAAAAGAACAAAGAGACAUUUGGACUUAAAUAUGAAUUCUCUUAAGGUAAAUUGCACCUAUAGCUGUAAUCUGUAUUACUGAACUGCCCAUUAUCCCUCUGAGUGCCUUUGGGGAGUGCAUUGCAUUGCCGUGCAGCAAGAAGAGGGUUCGGUUUUAGAUCUCUACAGAAAAUGAUAAAUGUUAGAUAUACUUUACCGUCAGAUCGUGAAAUAGCAUUGCAUAUUUAACUGCAUGAGCUCACAUAAAUAGUCUUCUCUGCUUGUAUUUUUAAUUACUUGGAAUGAAUUUGAUACUAAUUUAGACUGAAUUAUAUAUUUUCAGAAAGCAUGGAAAGCAAUAAAGAGUUUUUGCUGUAUAUGUCUCGGUUACACUCUAAUUUUAUGCCUUUGUGACUGGGACUGCAGAUUUAUGGUCCAAUAUCCAAGCAUGUCUGGGGGUUUAAUAUUCAUGCACUUAAAAAUCUAUUCACUAAUCAGCCAGUACUGCCAACUUAAAGAGAGACUAUAAAUCACCAAAACAAUUUUAGCUUAAUGAGGCAGUUUGGGUAUAUCUAUCAUGUCCUUGCAUUCUCGCUGCUCAAUUCUCUGCUAUUUAGGAGUUAGAUCACUUUUGUUUCUGUUUAUGCAGCCCUAGCCACACCUCCCCUGUGACUGACACAGGGGAGGUGUGUUAACUUCAUCAGAUGUUAACUUAUUUUGAAGUUUUUAACACCUGCUCUGUAAAUUGAACUUUAAUUACAUACAUGAGGCUUCUGCAGGGUCUAGCAAGCUGUUAACAGAGCAGGAGAAAAGAAAUGCUAAAUUAAACAGAAUGUGCAAUAAAGGAAGUGUAAACAUUAUAUCUCUCUUUACAGGAAGUGUUUUGGAAGACUGGUUAAGUCACUUGCAAGGAGGAGUGACUAGGGCUGCAUGAACUAAGGGAUUUAACUCAUAAAUGGCAGACAAUUUAGCAGUGGGACUUCAAGAACCUGAUCUUUUCACCAAAACUCCCUCACUCUCACAUUAACUAAAACUGCAAAAACUAACCAAUUUUUAAACCCUCACCCCACAGAGAGGUAGUUAGAAACAUAGAAUGUGACGGCAGAUAAGAACCAUUCGGCUCAUCUAGUCUGCCCAAUAUUCUAAUACUUUCAUUAGUCCCUGGCCUCAUCUUAUAGUUAGGAUACCCCACGAAUGUCUAUCCCACGCAUGCUUAAACUCCCUUACUGUGCUAACCUCUACCACUUCAGCUGGAAGGCUAUUCCAUGCAUCCACUACCCUCUCAGUAAAGUAAUACUUCCUGAUAUUAUUUUUAAACAUUUGCACCUCUAAUUUAAGACCAUGUUCUCUUGUUGUGGUAGCUUUUCUUCUUUUAAAUAUAGUCUCCUCCUUUACUGUGUUGAUUCCCUUUAUGUAUUUAAAUGUUUCUAUCAUAUGCCCCCUGUCUCGUCUUUCCUCAAAGCUAUACAGGCUAAGAUCCCUUAACCUUUCCUUGUAAGUUUUAUCCUGCAAUCCAUGAACCAGUUUAAUAGCCCUUCUCUGAACUCUCUCUAAGGUAUCAAUAUCCUUCUGGAGAUACGGUCUCCAGUACUGCGUACAAUACUCCAAGUGAGGUCUCACCAGUGUUCUGUACAAUGGCAUGAGCACUUCCCUCUUUCUACUGCUAAUACCUCUCCCUAUACAACCGAACAAUUCUAGGAAUAGAUGUAUCAAUGCAAAGCAAGUACUAUCCUAGGUGCAAAGUGCUAAAUGUUGAGAUACAUACUAUUGAUUUCUGUUGGUGACUGCUCCUUAUGUACCACUGUUUUUGCUUUGAUACAUUUUCCCUGAAAUAUUUAAGAGUGCAGAGUUGUGUUGGAGCUUUUCUGAAAAAUGUACAUGACAAUGCAAAUCUAUAAUGGUCUUAUUUAGACAGAUAAAAUAAGAAAACUGCAAUUUUAGUUCCACAUUAACCACCAGGUCCUUAACUGGCUUGGGAAAUGCAUAGGAGAAUUUUUACUCUACAGAGUAAUUUAUUUCCAACUUCAGUCUUAUUGUCAGGGGUUUGGAGCAGUAGGGACUCAAUAUGCAGAAUGAAACCAAUAGCAAGGUUCAGGAAAGGAGGAUCCAAAGACAUGGUCAGGCAGAAGGUAAGGUCAAGCCAGGCAGCGUAGGUUCUUAGCUGAUAAAACAGGCAAAGGGUCAGAACAUCAGUAAUCAGAAGGCCAAGGUUCAACAGGACAAGUGAACUGGAGAACUGUAGGCACACAACUGAGCACUGAGGAGAGCUAUAGAGAGGCAUGACUCAUCCAAGUCUUUCUCCAUAGGGCCUGCACACUGCCUGGAGAGUCCAGGGAUCUGCGCCUUCGCAGAUGAACAGGACCUGGACCUGAAGUGUGAGGCACUGGCUGCUAAGUGAGCCAUGCUCCCUGGUGGGUCGGGUGCCAUCUGACCCACCAGGGAGCCAAAGAUCCCACCGAACGUCCAUACACUGACCUUGUAGCUGGGAGUAUUUCGGUGAAAGGGAGCUAUCCACGUGGGAGUGGCUCGCAUAAAGGCAAGUACCCAACACUUAUUGUACAGGAUCUAUCAAUGGAUACGCUAUACACUUACUCUUUUUAGAUUUUAGACAUUUGUGCUAUUAGUCUUGUGAUUCUAUUAUAUUAUGCAUUAGUGAAGAAACUUUUGUAUUCGAUUUCAGAAGUAAUUCCAACAAAUCUCCGAAUCGCCAAAUGAACGAAUUACAAAACAAACGAAAAGAAAAAAUGAAUGAGCCAUUUAAUGUUUUGUAAUUCAAAAUUCUGUCUACGGAAACAAAAAGAAAGAUAAUUGAUAAUCAGGGGACAGACACUAAAUGUUGAUUUUAUUUACAGAUCAAACGAGAAGUGACCAAAAGAGGGGAAAAAAGAAGCCGUAAAAAUAAAAAAUAAAAUCUAUAUAUUAUUUAGCGCCGCAAACCAAGAUGCUGAUGGUUAUUGCUGUAUGAUGGUGUCAUUAUUUAAAUAUUAAAUGUAUAUAAGUGUGAAGGCCAAAAAGAGCAGUGUCAGGGUAAACCGCACAUAUGGUUUUAAAUUGUAAUUAAAGAUAACUGUAUUUCAUUGCACGUUUUGUACAGUAAGUGUCCUGAUCGGAUCGCUAUAGCCUAAUUGCAGCAGAAAAGCAUCGGAUAUAUUUAGGCUCAGUCACCACUUAUAAUCCAUUAUUGUUAAUGAAUAGGUUUUGUCCCAAAUGUUUCACAGCCGACAUGCCAGAUAAAAAGGACAAGGUGCCAUUGCCUGGAUAGUGUAGUAGGUCAGGAAUGAUGUCCUUGUAAUCUAUCACGUUGCCACAGUAGACAUGUUCUAUGGGGGGGGAGGGGAGGGUGAUGGGUAAGAAAUGUCUCACAGAGAAAAUCUGAUAUAUGCCAUGUAUCUGUUGUCACUGUGGUUACUACACACACAAACACAAUUUUAUCAUUUUAUCGUUUCUCUGUCUGGAAACUAUAGAAACCAUGGCUACGAGAAGGGUAGGAUGAAAUAAAACAGAUGUUUGGUGAAAGAAAAAUGUUAUAGGGAAGAUAGAUAAGAAUAGUUACCGAUUUUUAUAUAAAUCGCAAGGGGUGAAUCAUACUACGCAACAAAAACACCAGUGCAAAGAAUUAAAGGGACAAUCCAGGCACCCAGACCACUUCUGCCCAUUGGAGUGGUCUGGGUGCCAACUCCCACUACUCUUAACCCUGCAACUGUAAUUAUUGCAGUUUUUUAUAAACUGCAAUAAUUACCUUGCAGGGUUAGCUCCACCUCUAGUGGCUGUCUACUAGACAGCCACUAGAGGACACUUCCUGGAUCAUAGCACAAAUUGUCUGUGCUAGAGCAUCGCUGGACGUCCUCACGCUGUGUGAGGACCUCCAGCAUCGCUCAUUUCCCCAUAGGAAAGCAUUGAAAAGCAUUUCCUAUGGGGAGCUCUAUUGCGCAUUAGGUUUCCCCAGGUGGUGGGCAGGAUCAGUCUCGCCCACCGGCCGACGCAAUCACUGGGAGGAGUGGCGGCAGAGGAAGAAGCAGUGACGUGGGACAUAGUCGCUGCCUCUGGUAAGUUACUGAAAGGGUUUUCACCCCUUCAGCAACCAGGGAUUGGGGGGUGGGAGGGAGAGGGGACCUGCAGUGCCAGGAAAACGGAUUGUUUUCCUGGCACUGGAGUUUCCCUUUAAUCUCAGCUGCCCAUAAUUAAAUUUAGGAUUAGAUAGUACAAUUUACCAGAGUGUGCAAUAGUUAUACUGAUAUAAAAUAAAAAAAAUAUACUGAAGAUUCAGUAUAUUUAAAGGGACACUCCAGACCCCUAAAGCACUUUAACUUGCUGAAUGGCUUUGAGUGUGAAUAGCGUGUCCUUUCAAUUGAAAUUAGCACUUUUAUAAACUAAAGCUUGCUACACCUCCCUGGCUGUCAGUCAGAAAACUGGUCAUGUUACUUCCUGACUGCUUAGCACUCACAGUGAACAGGAGUGAUAAAGAGGCUUAGAGGCAUGCAUGGAAACCGGCUUGUCAGGUAACUUUACAUACAUUAUAAGGACACAAAAAUGUUAAAGUGGAGUCUGGAAAUCUAGAGCUUAAUAUGACCUCUUACAUUGUUACAUAGGCUGAAAAGAGACAUGCGUUCAUCAAGUUCAGCCCUUCAUUCAUUCCUUCUUGACUUCAGAAUGGCAGUCAGAUCUCUCCAUUGAUCAAGAAGCUAAUACCCUACCGAUUAAAAAUCAUACCCCUGAAUAUAAUGUUUUUGCAAGUAUGCAUCUAGUUGCUGUUUAAGCAUCUGUAUGAAGUCUGAUAAAACUUUCUCAGACUAUUACCGGUGUCCAAAUAUAGACACAAUUAGCACUGCUAAUGCAGAAGUAAAACUUUUACAUUAGAAAUAUGGCAAAUGAGAGCUGCCCCAUGAUUAGACACAGAGUUGGAGAAUGAUGUCGCCAGCCUACUAGUACCAUAACCCCUACAAUGGGUAGAUGCUUAAAAUGGCUCAGUAGCAAACAUCACAAGCAUUGUUAACUUAAUAUACUUCUUCCAAAUUACUUGAAGCUCCUUUGCCUUGAAACAUUAUACAUAAAAACAUGGCUGAUAGAUGGGAGAACAUUGCACUCGACAACUAUCGGCCAAAAAUGUUUUAUUAUUCUCAGUGGUGGUCUUAUCACAAUGUCUCUUAUCCUAUUACAGACAAUGGUAGAUUUCUCAAAACAAGAAGUAUUUUUUUUUAAACUUUAACUUUGUCAUUGCUGUGACAUUUAUUUUUAAUUAAGGCAACUCUGGUGAACAGUCAAUUUUUUUGCAUAUCACUAUAUUUACAACAAAAUACCUAACAAACACGUCACACAGAAAAGUGUAAAUCGCUUAAGGACUUUUUCAGUAUGUCAUAAAAUCUAAUAAAAAUAAAAUUAUAUAUAUAUAUAUAUAUAUAUUUAAAUACAUAAAACGAAGCUACGCACGUGUAGGUAUUUAGAAGUCUUAAAUGAAAAGCAGAAUACAUGUUUAACAUACAUGUUUAGCCAUUAAAGCAGAGAUCAAAAACACACACACACACACACACACACUUUACAUUAUUCAAAAUUUCCUUACCAUUUAUUACAUAUAUGAGUAGGCAGUUUUGUGUACAUAAACAGAAGUGUUUCUGGUUUAAGAAACACUCUAAGCAUCAUUAUCAGAACUCCCAAGUCUCCUAAUUUCUGUGGAACAUUUCCUAUUUGAGAGUUCUGUCCUGUCGUCACAGAGUUGUUCUGAAAUAUCUUGAAACCGUCCUCAUGCAGCACAGUUUGAGCACACGAUUAGACAGCUGGUGCCGUGCGAUGAGCAUUGGGACCAUGCAGCGCUCUGUGCAUGGAUUGUGUUUGUGGGGCUGGCCUGGAGUCUGUCGGUCAGCGUGGUAUGCAUUAACACCAAGCUGAUAGGCCACAUACAGUGGAUGGGCCUGCCACCUUUCUGGGAAGAUCACCCAUUAUGGGCAUCACCAGUGAUGCAAAAUAAACAAAACAAAAAACAAAACCACAAAAGAAUAUGAAAAAAAAAAAUGUAUAUCCCUGUGAAAACAAAUUGCCAUGGUUUUCUGAAAUAAGCCAGACUGCAUUUCUGUAUUAAUAAGAGCCUCAUGAAAGCCAAUAUAACUGAAUGCUGAUAGAAGGGAUCACAAUUUGGUUUCCCUGUUUUGAGUUAUAAGCAGCAACAUUCCGAUCAUUGAAAUGACAGAUAUGUAAGUAUAUGUAACAUUGCAUUAUAAGUUCUAAAUUCUUUUAUCUACCCUCCACUAUUCUUUCCAACUGCCACACUGAUGUAAAUGCCUGAAAUGUAACCGUCACUUUGUUGUUUGUCAGUGUGUGUAUGUACCCAUAUAACGUGUUAUGAUGAAUUUCUCAGAAUUACAAAAUCCUACCAUCGUUCUAUACUGAGCACAUUAUGAUGUCAGCACAUGAUCUCAUUGCUAGAGCUAUUUUCCCAGGGUGAGAUACAGCAGGUAGAUCGAUUAGAUUGUUUAGACAGAUACAACAGAAAUGCAUCUUUUAAAUAAAUGUUUAAAUACCAUGCUUCAGAGGAUUUUCCAAAUAACCACCUUAGAUAUUUAGCAAAUUUAAAGUCCGAAAUAUGCAAAAAAACUAAAAAGGUACAAAUUAUGUCCAUGUGUGGGUGUAAUAUCCAUGCAUUUUAAAGGAAACCACAACACAAUACAUAUUAACUACCAAGGAGUCUAAGUGCCACCAGCCCAUGUGACCCAGCUGUCACCAAUUUCUAUAUGGUGUGGGUAAAAUUCUCUAUGUCAGCUAUGCUUUCAGUUCUGGACUUAAAUUUAAAUUCCACCUUGAAUUCUUAUUUUAAUAAACAACUUUCUACCUAUUCAAUGCAAUCCCACCAUACUACCCAACUCAUAGAGGAGGGGGGCUGCAGUAAAGAUAUGUUCCCAUGCACCGCUUCCCCCAGUCACCCGCUGACAUCACCAACUCACCCUAAGUGAUCUGAAACAGCACUAUACUACUCUUUGUUUUGAUAAUAUAUGGCUGCAUGAGGAAGAAGCUGCCCGAUUUAAAAUUAUAAUAAUAAAAUAAUAAUGAAAACACUAAUAUCCACCAGCCCCCCCACCUGUGUAUCUGCUUCAGCCCCCAAAGCCUCCCCCUACAUUAAUGACUAUGUACAAGCGAAACUUUGCAUUAUCGUAGCAUUUGCUAAGGGGCCAGACUCAUGGUACCUGCGUAUUGCCGUCUCCAAGAUUUCUCAUCGGAUAACAGCAUCAAGAGUGGAGUCAAAUUCUGGGUGUAGAGAGUAUUGCACCUCGCCAUCUUCAAACUUUACCAGCCCUUAAUGGGUGCGACCAACCUUAAAAAAACGAUACAAAUAAAUUAAAAAGCUGGUGGGGACUGGGUAACAGUGCAGUACAGUUUGAUACCACCACAUCUUUAUUCACCAAAUACAAUUAAAUAAAUCUAGAGCAUGCACAAAAAUUCUAGUGAAAAGGAAAAAAACUAAAUUUCUUUAAAAAGUUUUGUAAAACAAAUGAUUACACAGAUAAAUAUGUAUGUAUACAGUAUGUUGUGGUAAGCAGAGAGCGAGCAUUUAAAAUGUUAAUGCCCACAUUGCACAAACCUCCUGAGGCAGAGGGAGAUAGUGUGACCCCAGGAAUAACAACUUGUCCUGUUCUACCAGGUUCCCCAGAACACACAAACCAGCACAGGAGUAUUGUCUGCAUGCUAUCCGAUCACAUCUGUGACUGGGGAUUUUAUCUAUUAAAUCCGCAGCAAUAUUGAAAGGUUUAACGAGAGAACUGUAAAUCCCCAAGAUUUUAACAGUAUUUAUUUAUCUCCAUUAUUUAACAAAUACCAGGUUCUGAGAAGAGAAAAAAACAAUAAAUGUAAAAUUUCACUCUUACCAUGGAAACGAGUGCCUCUAACAUGGUUCCCUAUCGCUUGCUGUUAUAAGCUCUUUUCAGUCAUUUAACUUAAAGGAACACUAUAGUCACCUAAAUUACUUUAGCUAAAUAAAGCAGUUUUAGUGUAUAGAUCAUUCCCCUGCAGUUUCACUGCUCAAUUCACUGUCAUUUAGGAGUUAAAUCACUUUGUUUCUGUUUAUGCAGCCCUAGCCACACCUCCCCUGGCUAUGAUUGACAGAGCCUGCAUGAAAAAAAAACUGGUUUCACUUUCAAACAGAUGUAAUUUACCUUAAAUAAUUGUAUCUCAAUCUCUAAAUUGAACUUUAAUCACAUACAGGAGGCUCUUGCAGGGUCUAGCAAGCUAUUAACAUAGCAGGGGAUAAGAAAAUCUUAAUUAAACAGAACUUGCAAUAAAGAAAGCCUAAAUAGGGCUCUCUUUACAGGAAGUGUUUAUGGAAGGCUGUGCAAGUCACAUGCAGUGAGGUGUGACUAGGGUUCAUAAACAAAGGGAUUUAACUCCUAAAUGGCAGAGGAUUGAGCAGUGAGGCUGCAGGGGCAUGUUCUAUACACCAAAACUGCUUCAUUAAGCUAAAGUUGUUCAGGUGACUAUAGUGUCCCUUUAAUACUAGUGACUAGAAGAAGAAACAAUGUAUCUUUCUCCUCCUCAUCAUUUACAAUGUGUUCCAGACUGUGCCAGGACUGAAGUGGAUUGUGAUGUAAUUUGCUACAUUUUCGAUAUAUACAUUACAGCAAAGAAAAUGAAGCAUCACAUGAAAAACGGUUAACGGAAGACUCCACGCACCAUAACCACUACAAUGUGCUGUUUUAUUAUGGUGCCCCAUGAAUGUAAGGAGUCAAACUGUUUAGUAAUAGUUUAACUUCUUACCUAGGGUCCGUAGAACGCCACUCCACAUCCCCUGUCUGCCGGGAGAAGAGGCGGACAUUCCUGCUAAGGAGCUUCCAUUGGCUUUCCUGAACUAAUCCCCCCAGGUUCAGGAUUAGCGCAUUGGCUGAAAAUUGUUAUCUGAUUGCAUUUACUCUGUGCGCUAAUCUCCGUCCUGCCAGUUUAGUUCAAUGUAGAGAGCUUCUGGCAGUGGGACGUGUGGAGUGGCACCUGUCGAACCCCAAAUAAGAGUCAAACUGCUACUAAAUGCUUUUACUCUUAACAAUGGGGAGAAACCAGGGCACCCCCGGCACCAUAAUCACUGCUGCGCACACAAGUGGUUAUGGUACUUGGAGUGUUCCCUUAACACAAGUUACAGGUGAAUUUCAAUGUUUUAUUAAAUGCUGGGUUUUCCAGAGAAGCGAUUGUUCCCCUUUUAACACCAGAGCUAUAAUUCAACCUCCAGCCUGCACUAAAUAUUUUUCCAGUGUGUUCGUGAAAAGAGAAUUGUGGGAUUCCUUUCCUAAUGUCAAGCCAGAAGCUUCAAUGUUACUGUACUGCCGAUGUUUAUAAAUAAAAGAUAACAAUGCUGACUCACAGACCCACGUCCUGCAACAAGAGACAUUAACGAGCAGCUAAAAAAAGACACCAAACUUGUCAAGCAUGGGAAUGUCUUUAAAAAGUGUCUUCAGCCUAAAGGGGAAGAGAAAAAAAACCACACAUACACACACACCUCCCACACGUUCGUUUUAAUGAGUGCGACUUAUUAUUUUCACAAACACAGCAUCUCACAUGAUGCUUCCUCUGCUAUGCUAGCCCAGCCUAGUGAGUGAGCAUCCCCUGGAUGCUGUAAGCGUCACCGUCGCUUAGCAACGCUGCCCUGGCAACGCUGAUUGUCUGCCUCCUGGCUGCGGCUCCACCCUGAGGACCAAUCAGGAGGCGGCGAGUAGGCAGCGUUGCAGCAGUGAGCAGCACCUGGCUGACUCUGACCGGGACCAGGGACUGGAGAACUUGUCGCCGACCCUGACAUUCUACAGAGAGGGCAAUGGGACCGAUUUAUCUGGUGCUGUAAGAGUCAGACUGGCUGCUUAUUAAAAAGGAGGUAAUUUAUUAUUACUUACACUAUUCCCAUAUUAGUUACAACCAAUAUGUCUUUACAACAUUCUCUCUCAUCACUCUCAUUUAUUUGUCUAAUCUGUCUGUGUCUCUACCGGUCACUUUUAUUGUACUCGUUUUAUUUUACCAUCUGUGCAACAAAUACAAAUACAAAAUAUAUGUCUGGAAUUCAAGGAUGCAUCAUUGUGGGUUAAUUUGAUGAAUUAGUGCUUCUUAUAGAUAGUACAAGACAGCUGGGAGAAGCAAGAACUCACAGUGCAGGGAUGCCUGGUGUGUAUGUGUAUCCAUUGUACAGCGCUACAGAAUUUGCUGGUGCUAUUUAAAUAAUAAAAUAAUAAUAAUAAUGUUUAUGUAGAUUAUAUAUACAGAUAAACACAAUAUGCAGCCUUUAAAACUAUUAGAGACAACAAUAUGAGUUAUUAUAACAGACAAACUGCAAGGAUAAUUUUUUUUUUAUCUAUGAUAUUUUUUUUAUUUUAUUUUUUUUAUAUAGCUAUAUAUACCUGCACAGUCAACUCCGCAUGUAUAAAAUACAUGACCUGUAUAUUAUUAGGUGUAUAUGGGGGGGGGGGUAUGACCAGAUAUUUUAUAUGUCAAUAUAUGUGCAUACUAUACAUGCAAGGAAAAUGUAACUAGAUAUCUAGAGUGAAUAUUGAUACAGUGUUACAGUGCAUUUGGAACUGUAGAAUAAAAUAAACUAAAUAAAGUACCGGUAUAUUUAAACAGGAACAGCUGAACAGGAAUAUAAAAACGGCGGAUUUCCUAUAAGCACGUGUAUCAGGUGUAUAAUAUAAUUUAAUGUAAAUACUUACUAUAGGUGAACUGGUGAUGCACCUUUAAUUUCACAGAGGGGCAGAUUGGAUAUUAUAGAGGCCCAUGUCACAGUGAUAUUAACCAUCUAGAGGGGUGAAAAAACAAAAAGUAGUUUUAUAUAUUUACAAGCACAAAUCAUUUUACAUUUUGGGGCACGCAAAUAUAUAUACACACACAAGCACACACGUAAAGAAGAUACAGAUAAUUUAUAUGACACAUUAUUGAAAUCAUUUUCUGUGUGGAUGCAUCAAACUUUGUUUAUGUUCAUUGUGUGAAUGCCAGAUGGAAAGUUACAACAAUUUAUAUAUAUUAAAAUUAAAGUUAUCAGAAAAUAUUCUAUGGGUGGCGGUGUCAAAUCAAUGAUAUAUCGAUUAUAUAUACAUACAUAUGACAUCAUAUAUAAUAAAUACCGUGUUCCACAGCAAGAAAUGCUCUCUCAUCAGGAAAUUUAUUUUGUACGUUUGCAAUGGACUGUAUUUUUAUGAACUAUUGAAAUUGUUGUUAAUGCAGAACAUUGCAUGAUCUACUCUAUACAGGGACUGCAACAGAGGAAUACAUUCAGAAAUGUUGUUAUCUUUUAGCAAACCUGAUUGUAUGAUUUUGUGAAAUAAUCCAGAUCUUUCUAGAAAGCUAUAAGGAUCGCUCCAUGGCCUUAUAUUAUAGUGAAAUUUAAAUAACAAACGUGUACCACAGGUGAUACCCCAAUGGUACCCCGGGUAUAAAAGUCAGAAUGGACACAGUCAUUGCAAAGAUUAAUACUUGAAUAUAUGGUUUGAUUAAAAACGCUCACAAGAGUUAAAAUACGUUAAAGGACCACUAUAGUGCCAGGAAAACAAACUUGUUUUCCUGGCACUAGAGUGCCCUGAGGGUGCCCCGCCGCGCUGAAGUGGGAGGAAGGGGUUAAACACUCAUCUUUCUCCAGCGCCGGACUCUCCUCCCCUCUUCUGAUGUCAUCGGCUGAAUGCGCAUGCGCGGCAAGAGCCGCGCGCGCAUUCAGCCAGUCUCAUAGGAAAGCAUUCUCAAUGCUUUCCUAUGGACGCUGGUGUCUUCUCACUGCGAAAAAUCACAGUGAGAAGGGCGGAAGCGCCUCUAGCGGCUGUCAAUGAGACAGCCACUAGAAGCUGGAUUAACCCAUUUGUAAUCCAAUGAAACUGCUAUGUUUACAGCAGACAGGGUUAACCCUAGAGGGACCUGGCACCCAAACCACUUCAUUGAAGGUCUCCUGGCGCCCAGACCACUUCAUAGUGGUCCUUUAAACAAGCUUAAUUAGUACACAAAAACUGUUAACUGUAAGCUAAAACAGGUUUAUUUUCAGAGAUAUUUGAUUAGCAGAAUUUUCAUCAUCCCUUAGCAAUCGUGCACUGAUACUCUGAUAUCUAUAAAACGGGUAGCGAAAGGUAAGCUGGCACAGAUUUAAUCACCGAGUCUUACAGUGAGAGAAAAUAUAUAAUCCAGAAAUGGCCAAGCGUCAUGGGAGUUGUAUUUCAACAGCAGUUGGGGUUCUACAUGAAGGUCAUCUCUUCUCUAAGCACUUACAUUGUUUAGGCUGUACAGUGCACAUAAAACAUAUUAUGUUGUAUAAAUAAAUACAUAUAAAAAAAAAAAAAAAGUCUGGAUAUAUUAGAUAUUUUUUUUAUAUAGCUCUAUAGUAGCAAUUUGGUUUCCAAGAACAAUGCUAUUAAUCCAUAUCGGCAGGGGUCCCUGAGAUGAGAAAGAGUUGGAUGUCUUGCGUUCAGACACAAAGGAUGUGCACAGUUAUUAUUACACUACAUCUCUUUAUCUCCCACGGUAACCGUGCAGAGAGAAUAAUUGCAAAUAAAUUUGCUUUAUUUAGCUUUACCUAGAAUGGUAAUCCACUAUGGACAUAAAUGAUAACGCUAUCACUAAUUAGUACAGUUCCAUGCUAAUUAUUGUUUCCCUUUGAUCGCAAAGAGAGCUGUUGCAUCAUUUUUUUCCUUUCUCUGUUAAUAUUGUAUUUCUGAACAGUUAUCUCACUGGUAUAUCUUCUUAGCAGGAGAUCUUUCAAAGCAAUGCUAGCUGUGCCAGGCAGGAGGCUAAGACGGACCUUUGAUGAUUUCCGUGUAAGACACAUUGCAGACUGAUUUGUAAGUAUCACAUUCUAUGGCCGUGUUUAUAGUUGUGCGAAAUCAAUCGAACAAGGUGACUUUGCAAAGUAAUUUGAUAAAUAGGCUUCAGAGUACAGUUAGGAUUUUUCGUAACAUUGUUUAAAAUCAGCUUAGUUGGUUUGGUGCAUAAUGGAUAAACAAUUUAUUUUAAUUAUGGCAGUGGAUUUUUAGGAAAAUAUAGACUUUUUUUCCCAGCGCACUCAAGGAAUAAGCCACAAGAUAAAGAACAUUCAAUUGAAAAUUCACAUCUAUUACAAUUUUAAAAAAAUGUUUUGGUAGGGAGUGCUCGUCCUAGGGUAAUAUUUAUAUAUCAAACAGAAAAUGUUGAUUGAAUAUGGAUUUAUUUUAUUUUAUUUUACACAGAAGGUGGUAGUGGGAGCAAAGCCAGGACAAGGCUAUUAUGGAGAAUUGCCCAGGAAAUUAAGAAUUUAAUGAACGCAUGGUUUACAAAUUCUUUUUUUAUUAUUACCGCCAUAGCAUAUUUUGUAUUCUAGAAGUUAGGAAAUUUGAACUUAUGGAAGGGUUUAUCAAUUUUUUUGUAAAACAAUAUUACGUUAGUAAACAGAGUAGAUUUACUAAACAAUAGAAUGUGAGGAGUUAAAUAAAAAUUGCAAAAUGUAACCAAACCCCCUUUCCCCCCUCCCCCAAAACAUAAUAUGAAAAUACAUUUUCCCAUAGUAACAGUUUUGGGUUGUUUCUCCAUGCUGGUUAAUUUGAACUACAUUUUGAAAUUCUUAAUUUUGUGAACAAACUUCUUAGAUUUUUGUUCAGUUUAUAAUUGCUGCAUUUGCCUCUCUCUCUUCAACAAAAUAUUGCAGUAACUAUUCGUAGCCUGUCCCUAACUUGAUAGCUUCUCUUUAUGCUGUUAUGUUUUCGACAGCCAGUACAAGUACUUGUAUGCUGUGCACACAUUAUACAAGUCCCUGUUAUAUUUGGGAUUAUAGUUAAAACUAUUAGAAGACAUCAAUUCACCGAUUGGUUUCAGCUUAUUCCUUAGUUUAAAAUAACAGUGCAAAUUGUGUGGUUUUUCUCAUUGAAGGUAAAGUACAAAACGAGAGAAAGAAAAACAAACAAACAAACAAAAAAUGGCCACAAAAAGUCUGCAUUUUUAAGACAACAGUAGCACAGUGCUGACUAACAACCUCCCCUCCCUGCCCCCCACAAAGUAUAAAAUAAAUAGAUUUGAGCAAAUCUAGAGAGUAAUUCACAUAUGGUCAAUUCUACAAUGAAAUUCUACCAGAAACAAACUCAGGAUUUCAAAACCUAUGAGCUUAAAUUCACUAUAUCUAACAAAUAUUAUGAAGAAUGAAACUGAAUCAUAACAUUACAACAUAAACAAAGCACUACAGAAUUGACCCAACAUAGCAUAAAAAAGACCCCAAUAUAAAUGGCGUUCUGUCUAAAUAGCACCAAAAUAUAGAAAAACUGGCCCACGAGGCCUAUCAGAAAAGAACAAUCCCAGAGUUCCCAAUAACAAAUACCCCAUAAUGAAGUUCCAAGAUGAAAUUUUGGGCAGAUUUUAAUCUCCUCAUCUAACAUACAGAAGGGACACAAGUCACAUAUUUGUCAAGCAAUGGGUGAGGUUUUUCUAUUGACAAAGGUGGGACAUAUGCCAUAGACUGAGCUUUGGAACAGGUGGGGUUCACAAUCUCCUGGCUUACUCAAGUCCUUUAUUUUUCCCUCCUUCUCCAAUGUGUCCAGGAUGGAGACAAGUCUUGUGACUGCAGCUCUCCACUGAUGCAAUAUGGCCCUUGGGGACCCACACCAGUUUCUUUAACAUCUAGUAAACAGGAGGAAGCAAAACCUUAUAAUCACUUGCAAACGAUCUGGUUUUAUAAUCUAGGUUAUUAUUUAAAUUGUAUCUACCUCCUGGAAGUGAAAUUCCUGAACCAGCCCCCAUGUUGACAUUUUGGGUAUAAUUAGGUUGCAGUUUGGCUAUUUAUCAAUAAUUGAAUUGCUAAACUUUGCAGCGACAUCAAACUUUUUUUUUUUUACUGAAUACUUUACUGCCUCUCAAUUGCAACCCCAAAAAUAAUAACCAAAUUUGCAUAUUAAUCACCUGUAGAAAAAUUAGUUAAUUGGUUUUGUGAGAUUGAGAAUUAGAAAAUGUACCCCAUCCAGCAUUUAGAUCCCAAUGGUAGCUGUCCCAGGAACUGCUAGGGAACUAUGGAUUCAUUUUAAAAACAUUUCAUAUAGUUUGGCCUUUUUACAUAAUUUGCAGUAAACCAUAUUUGUUUAUCGGUUUUUUUUUAAACCUUGAAUACAAGGUUACUAACGCAAAAGAAUCUGGCUGAUAGCACAAAAUGUAAGGUGCACGUCAAAGCUUUUUUAAGCUUACCAUUGCCAACUUACGUGGGUUGGAAUAAAUAUAUGACUUGUGAUGUGAGAGUGUUUUCACAAAGAAUAAAUUUAGUUGAUAUGUCGUCAUUGUGAAGCCAUUCACAGCUCUUGGAUUAAAAUAAUUUAUACAAAGAAAUACCCCAAAUAAGAACCUUUCAUUUUGGCAAAAAAAACAAAAAUAUUUUAAAGGAAGAGUUAAACUGCUUUUAACAAUGGGGGUGGGCAAUUGCCCACCUCAAUGAUCCACAUGUUUUCCUAUCGCUGGUCUGGUGGGGGAAUAGAAAAUACAUCAAAUGUGGGAGCAUUUAAGACUUCUUAAGAACCAGUAGAGAACCUGGUGUUCUGCCUUCAUUCAACUCAUGCGUGCAGGAUGAGGGCUAGUAUACUCUAUGCAGUUGGUGGGGAUUUUAGAAAAUUAAUGAAAUGACCUAGUGCUAUAUGGGUACAUUUUUUAGAAAGGGGAUUUUAUGUUAAGUAAAGUGCUAGGCAGAUGCUCAACUUCUUCUUUUACUAAUGAUGGACAAUGUAAAAUUGCCUACAAGUACUUCUCUGCCAUUCAUGGAAAUGGCCACCUGAAAGCUCUGCCAUCAAUAGAAAAUAAUAAUAAGAAUAUAAAACAAACACAAAACAAAACAAAAAUCCCAAAACCGCCACAGACUGAAAUGCAAACUAAAAUUUUAGAAUGAAGAGGAGGUAGGAAUAGUCAACUUGGAGAUGAAGGGGAAACAGAGUAGCAGAAACUGGGAUGACGAGGGGGGCAGGUUUGGGAUGGCCCUGGAGGGAUGAACGUGGAAUAAACAGGGAGGGGGGGGAGAGGGGGGUGGGAAGGGUAAAAAGUACUGUGUUUAUUUACUAAGCACCUAAUUGUAAUGAUUGAAAACCAAACUGUAAAAUUUAGGCAAGGAUUUGUUGAUACAAAACUAGCAUGAUAAAAAUUCUGGUAGUUGUGAGUUCCAACCAUUAAUGGGUGCCAUGCCUGCUGCCUGGCGCCUGUUACACCUGUAGAGGAGCCACACAGCAGGGAGAGGCAAGUUUUAUGAGUCAGUGGAUACAACAAUGAACAAGAACAAUAUGAUGAUAAAUAGGCUUCCAGAAGCCACUACCUGAUUUUAAAUGAUAAAAAAAGUGUGUCCCCUCAUCGCGCACAGACUCUCUAGGCUCAGUCAUCCUAGUCCGGGCAUAGGCAACCUUUGGACUACACCUCCCAUGAUGCUUUGUCAGCAUUAUGGGUGUAAGAGUAUUAUGGGGGAUGUAGUCAACAACAUCUGGAGUGCCGAAGGCUGCCUAUCCCUGUCCUAGUCUGUCUAAGAGAGGAUAUGUCACAACUGAUUGCCAGGCUUUGGGGAAGCAUUGUAGCAAGGUUAUGAGGCACCUGGUGACCAUUACCAAAGUACAGGAUGCUUCAUCCCUUUUUCCAACAUCUGCAUAAUAUUCACCGGCACUCCCAUCCUCUGCUCUUCAGGGACUAACUUACAGGGGGUUCCACGGUAUUUUAAAUAGCUACGUCAUUUUAGGGCUGAUUUACUACUAGAAUUAUUUACAUACAUUGAUAAAAAUCUACAAAAGGUGUAGCAGCCACAGGUAUUGCCAGGCAAUAAUAAGCCAUUUAUUUUUAGAUAUUAGGAGACUCUGAGCCCAAAUCCCUCUGCCCCUCUUUUCUAUACUAAUUGUCCCUCUUUUCUAGGAGCUCACUAUAUCUAACAAAUAUUAUGAAGAAUGGAACUGAAUUAUAGCAUUACAACAUAAACAAAGCACUACAGAAUUAACCCAACAUAGCAUAAAAAAAGACCCCAAUAUAAAUGGAGUUCUGUCUAAAUAGCACCAAAAUAUAGAAAUAAACUGGCCCACGAGGCCAAUCAGAAAAGAACAAUCCCAGAGUUCCCAAUAACGAAUAUCCCAUAAUGAAGUUCCAAGAUGAAACUUUGGGCAGAUUUUAAUCUCCUCACCUAAUAUAUGUUGAUGUGUCUUAGUGUAUAAAAGAGCUCCACAGCAAUACUACUCCCAGUAAUGUGCCUGAGCGUGUAACAGAGCUCCACAGCAAUAAUACUCCCAGUAAUGGGUCUUUAAACUACAAAAAAUGUGUCUAGAAAUCAGUCUGUAUAAAUAAUACACAUUGUUUUGGUACUAAAUUACAUUUUAGUUGCAUAAACUGUUAAUAGAAAGUCACUUAGAAUUUCACAGAACAGCCAACAACUCGACUCACACAGGUAAAAUCAAAGUGUUAUUUUUUUGCCCAUUUCAAAUGUUGGGAGGUUUUCACAGAAUGUAGAUCAAGCAUGUCAAACUCGCGGGCCGCAUGUGUCCCACAAGGACCAUCUUUGUGGCCCGGUGAGCCGCGAGUACAUGUUGGUGUUGUAGCAGAGUAGGCACCUGCUUUUCCCACAUUGCAGGUGCCUACUCUGCCAAAACUUACCCGGCCGGGGAGAAGGGCCAGCGAGGCAGCUCAGUGUUCCAGCUACUCACUGCUCCUUCGCACAUGCCAUUUGUAGUGAAACUGGGUGCCGGAAGAUGGCGUCAUUACGGUACCCGGCAUCACUAAACCGCGUGCUGGAGCAGUGAGGAGCAGAUAGAAGGACCCCAGGGAGAGGCCCCACAUUGGCUCCAAAAGGUAGGGAGCAAUAAAGAAAAUUAUUUGUGUGCAAGAAUGUGUAAGUGUGUGAGUGUGUGUCUGUCUGUGUGUUAGUGUGUGUCGGUCUGUCAGUGAGUAUGUGUCUGUGUAUUUGUCAGUGAGUAUGUGUGUGUGUCAGUGUGUCUGCAUGUGUCUCUGUCUGUCAGUGAGUGUGUGUGUGUCUGUCAGUGAAUAUGUGUGUGUGUGUCUGUCAGUGUGUGUGUGUCUGAGUAUGUAUCUGUCAGUGUGCGUGUGUCAGCGGGAGGAUGAGUUUUGGCACAGCGUGGUGGGGGGGGGGGACUGGGAUUUAGUAGAGGGGGAUGCUGGGGUUUGUUUAUACUGUACUUUUUAAAAUAAACCUACAUUUCUAUGAACAUUUUUAGGUUUUUUUUUUGGCCCACAUAAACUUAAACCUUGUUUAUGUGGCCCGUGCUAGACUUUGAGUUUGACAUGCUUGAUGUAGAUCAUCUUACCAUAUAUUCCUGCCCUGGAUUCCCAUACUCAGGCAUCCUCCAAUUUGCCCCCUGCCCUUACAAUGGUUUCAGAUUGAGACAGAGGCAAAGGGGUCUGUUCAUCGAACAUUUCUUCCACUUUACACUGACCUUCCAGUAAUUUCUGUGCAUGUACACCUGUGAUUAAAACUGAUUAUUAUCAGGAAUCAGUUCCAAUAAACAUUUGUGGCUUACCAGAGCUGAUGCUGAUUAUAUAAUUUAUUGCUGUGCUGUCAACAUCUGAUACUACACCUCUGCUCUAUCACAUCAUCUGGCCACAAAGCAAUAGGGUAUUGAACCCAAUAUCCUCUGAUGUUUUUCAAGUUUUUUGACUAAUUUUCUGUUUUUGAUACAUUUUCAUUAAUUGUGUAUAUGGCAUUUUCCCUUUCUACCUCCUGUGCAUCCAUUUUGAGUAAUCUUGGGUCAGAAUCAGUCGUUAUCCGACCCAAGAUCAUUCUCACCUGUCCGGCAGAUAACUUUCAGAUUUUCUGAAUGAAUGUGUGUAUUUGUGAAUUUGUGUAAGCAUUUCAAUAUAUAUGUUUUUCUUGCAGGACUAAUCAAUGUUAUGGUCAGUAGAGUCUUUUAUAUUUGUACAGCAGAUCUACUCCAAGAAAGACUAAUUCGUCAACAACGUCGAAAGUAGCUUACUUUAAGAGAAAAUAUGCAGAAGAAAAGUUACAUCAAAAUUACCACGGUUAUUUUCCAGAAGUGAGUUUCACUUUGCAAUUUUGCUAUUUAUUCACCCAAAUUGUUUGCAAAUUAAAGUGGAUCUGGAACAUUGUGUUUGACUAGGGCUCUAACCUCAGAUACACGCCUUGGUAGAAGAGGUAUUUCUUAAAAUAAUCUCUCCUAAAAUUUUCAUUUUAUUCCUAUUUGUAUUAUAUUAUAUCAUUGGGUCUUCUCUAUAUGAGAUUUAAAUAAAACAGUAUGCCCACUUGUAUUUAAUUAGGUUCUGCCAGACAAUUACCUCUUUGUAUGAUGACAGUACUAGCCAUUCAGUAAGCAAUGACAAUUUUUAAAAAGGAAUACUAGUUCUGCUUUUACUAUACUGGCUGUAAAACAGACUUUGGAGCUUGCCAUCUAAUCCUACCCAAUUAUUUUGCAUGUUUUAUUUGCUUGUUCCCACUUAAUGAGAGGAGGCACAAUAAUGAGCAUUCAUCCAGGGUACAAAGAACCACAGUGCAUUCUGCAAACACUUUUUGAUCUAGUUAGGAGGACAGUACUUUGAAAGAUCAUCUGCUGUCCAGAACCACUGAAAGAUUUUUAUUUAAGUUGCGAUAUUAGCCUUAUUUUGCAGAAGAAUAUUUAGUUAUAGAGAGAGUUCGGUAAUGGGAACCUAGAUAAAGGGAUGAUUGCAAUUUAAGAAAAAAAAAAAUUGGUGACUUUGAUUCGGAUACCUCUUGGGUGUUGCACAUGAAAUAAGAAUGGAAUGAUCCAUUCCAUAACAUUAAAUAAUGAAACACAAUGAACUGUGGCUUUAUAUUACAUUUGUAUGUUUAGGCCUGUUUACUUUUGUCUGUGUAAAGUCCAAUUUUGCCAGCUGUGAUACUUUGGUAGUUGAUGUGCGAUUACAAUUUUCACAUUAUACAGAGUGUGACAAAGAGUGAGUGCUAUAAAAAGGCUACAAAAUAUUUUAAGAAAUGUAUUUUUGUUUUCUCUCCCCUUUCGGUUUGAUUCUUUAGCACCUGAUAUUACCGGAGGACAGAACUUGUAUUCUUAAACUAUCUCUUGAGAAACUCCGGUUUUUAGAAGAUCCAGAAGUCUACUUACGGAGAUCAGUGUUAAUCAAUAACUUGCUCAGGAAGAUACACAUUGAAGCUGACAGAGAAACCUAUGACUAUUACAAAGAAGAAUCCACCUGCAAAGCCACAUAUAGUGAUUCGAGAAAACGGCUGAAACUUAUGGUGAAGGGUGUCUGCUCCCAGUCAUUAUACUAUGAAGAACUGCACUCAUAUCAUAUUGUGCCUUAUGCUACAGAAAAUGUGAUUUACAGGAUGGGUUACGCUAGCAGUCAUUUGGCACAAAACUCUCAGCUGCUAAUUUACAGAGUGAAAGAAUGA